UUUCUUUUUCUUAUUUUUGUACUCUUUUCUGAAACUGUAAUAAAUAUCAUUUUUAAAAAAAAUACAAUUCCCAUCAGCCCACCUAUACGAUUCAGGGGCUGAUGGGAGUUGUAGUCCCAAAGAGCCGGCAGGCACCCGGGUGCUGGGGCUAAGCUAAGGGGUCCUCCUGAGACACAGAACCAUGAGGACCUGUGAGAGCGUCACACGGAGUGGGGGUGGGGUGGGGAGCUGAACCUGUUGCAUUUCUACCUGUCACCACAACUCAGAAGAAACUCGCCCUGAGAGGAUGGAAAAGGGGAAAUAAGACAACAAUUGGCUCGUUUUCUUAUUUGUCGGCCAAGUUUCCUUUGGGGGUUUGCUGAGCUACCGCCCCCCUCACAUGACGGGGCAAAUAGUUGGCUGAGGCAAAUAACAGCAGCAAUAAUAAAUUCCCUCUCACACCCAUAUGAACAUAUUCUGUAUAAAAAUACAGGAAAAAAAUAAAUAUGGUCGAAUUAACGUAUUUGGAUAGACUUGCGGGUAUAAGGCGGCAUAUAAAUUCAAUGAAUAAUAAUAAUAAUAUAUCCUGUCCGAAUAAGUAAUCUAGGCAUGUCCACUGGUUCGUUUAUUCCACUCCGAGGAUUUUAUGGGAAAUAGGUUUUACCGUUUCAUGUACAUCGCUUAGAUAGAUAAGAUAGAAAUAUAUAGAGAUAUACACACACAGCAUAUGGAUUAAUCCGUUUAUGAAAACGAGCAGCGAGCGCAGCAGCCUCCUCAGAGAAGAACAAAGGCGGCGGCGGCGCUAUCUCCAUCCCCGGCCUGCCGCGCCGCCGCCUCCCUCCAAGCCGCGGAGGGGCCGCGGGGGGAGAAGAAGCCGACGCCGCUUCCGAGACGCCGCCGACGCCAUCACCCCGGAGAAGAAGGGGGGGGGAGACGCGAGAAAGGAAGGCCGGCGCCGCCCGCGCUCUUUCCGCGCUGCCCGAGGGGCCGCGGCGGAAGGCGCCAUCUUGUGAGGAGGGGGCGGCCUUCGCUCGCCUGCCCGCCCGCCCGCCCUCGCGUCCUACCUCCUCCUCCGCCUCCUGCUCCUCCUCCUCCUCCUCCUCUUCCAUGCCUCGGCCGCCAAGUCCCCUCGCUCGCGCUCCCUCAGUCUCCGCCGCUCUGCGAGGGAGCGCAGCCACCCCAGGCCGCCGCCAUUUCCAGCCGCUUCCAGCCAUGGCAGGUGAGGGGAGGGAAGGUCGCUCGGAUGGGGGAAGGGGGGGUGCCCCAUUUUUCCAUUAACGCCCACCUGUCCGGGCCCCCCCCGAAUGCCUCGCCCCCCCCCCAAAAAAUCCAGGUUAUUUCUGGGCUCCUUCCCUCCCUCCCCGGCUUCGCCAUCCUUCCUGAGCAUCCCUUUCGCGUUUCGUUUCUUUCCAGGAUCGCUGGUUUCUUCUUGCCCUGUCAGGCCCAAAGCCGACCCGUUAUCCUUACACGCCCGCCCAGGUGUCCACACGCCGCUUGGGACCCCCCCCCCUUGACCAAGCAUCGCCUUGCCCCAGAAUAACGACCCCCCCGAUCCAAAAAGGUGGGUCCCGCGCCCACGUCCUUUUGCAUCUGCCUACCUCCCCGCCCCCACCCCCCAAUAUAGCCCAUUUUGUUCACCUCUUAUGCCCUUCCCCUCUAAAUAUUCGGAAUUUACACCUCUUUUUCUUUUGGCUACCUGGACUAGUAGUUCACGACUUUGCCUUCUUUCUACUCUUUGCAUCUCCUGGUUUAUAAAGCGCAGUUAUUGCAACCCACCUUUUUCUCUGCUCCCCCCCCCACCGAAUAAUCCAUACUAACCUUUGUACUGUACACUGUUUUGUGCAAUGUUAAUAGUUGCAGCAUGCACAGCUGUCACACCCUUCCGCGAACUCCUCUUUACAAUGUGCCUGGAGUCAUUGAUUUCCAUGUGUGCGUUCACACAAAUGUGGUCCCACAGUUGCCCCUUCUUUCCACCUUGGCAUCUUCUGCCUAUAGGAAUCCUGCCUUUCCUCUUCUCCCCACUAGACCCUGAUGGUUGCAGCCUAGAUACACAUAUUUUUUCCUCCAUGCCAAGCUAUAGCAUUUGCCGUUAUACCCUCUGCCCCUUUUCACAUCUUUUCUGAGGUGAGCGGCCCCUGGUUCUCUUUUCUUCCCACCCCCCACAGCUGAUUUGAGUUCUGGCUUUCUACUUGUAGCAACCCGUUUCCUCCACUUAUGGGCACUUGAAGUAUCUUUCUGUUUAUUUUUAUAUUAACCCAGUUUGUUGCCUCCGUAGCUGUAACUACAAAAGCCUUGUUAUCGUAUGAUAUAUUCAUUCCAUCACUUCUGUUUCUCUGUCUGUCUCUGUCUCCCUGAUAAUGCCUUGUUACUACAGCAUAUAUUAGCCUCAUUUUGCUCCCUUCUUGUUGGUACAUUAAUAAUAGCAUUCUAGCCAUUCUCUGUGUGAUACCAGAGCGAACAUCUAGCUAAUUACUGCAGGGUUUCUGCCUUCAAAUUGACUGUUGGAAAAGGAUAAGAGGAUUGAAAUGGGUUGGUGCCAGCGAGAAUCAUCCAUCUGAUUAAAAAUGAAUGCUUUCUCCCUAACGCACUCCUGGGUGUAACCUCUCCCUUUCACUUGUAUGUCCAUCUUUUUUUGAAACAAAAUGGGUGGCAGACAUAUAAGGCUUAUAAGCCAGGUGAAGAAUUUAGGUUAAUUCACCUGCAGUGAUAGACUACAUUCCCUGUCUGGUUGGGACUAAUUUAAAAUUGAUGCAGGGAUAGUGUGUUUCUGUAACUUUAACUCAUAAACUGCCUGCCUUUCAAACUAGGAAGCAUUUAUUGUAUAUUAAAAUAUUGGAGGACAAGGAAUUAACUCUUUCAUUGAGCAGCAUCAUUCAAGCCUCUCCCCAGCUUAUAGAUAAAAUGUAUUCGCUAAAACUGAAUGACGUAGCUGAUACCUACUAAUGUUGCUGAAUCCAUACACGUACUGUAUUCUUAAAAGAUAGUAUAUUCUACCAAAGCAGUAUAUGCACACUCACUUUUCAUCCCUUCAUUUUGAAACUGACAUAGGUAUUCCCCUGCCCUUCAGAGAUAAGCUUGGAACACAACCUUGAUCUGCUCCUAUUCUAGCUAUUCUAGCUGUUUUCUUUGAAUGCCCAGUUCCCUCUUGAAAAGCAAAAGAUUAAACAAUCAAUGAAUUUUCUUUGAAUGACUGAAAUAAUUGCUUUUCCUUGUCAGAAUUGAUUGCAUUGUCUCUCAAGGAUUCUGGGUCAAUGAGUGCUCUGUUGCUGGACAGUUUUUAACCCUCAUUUUAGUCCUUGUUUAACUGGAAAGUUGGAGACUCUGCAGGACUGGAAAUGCUGGACAAAUACUGAGUGUGGGUGUGGACUGACUAUUUAGAUUUGUGCAUUUUGGGAAGGUGGUGCAAGAAGUGAGUGACACUGGGAAGAGGUGUCAGAGCAAAUAAUAGAUUGACUAGGAAUUGAGAGAACAUCAGACAAUUAAUGUAUAGAAUCCUACCAUGUCAUGUAGUCCAAGCAGUUUGCUUAUCUACACAAUUGCCCUUGCUGACUGGAUCUUGCACUCCAGCAGCAUUGGAAGCAAUCUAUACCAAAAGAAGAGUCUUCACCCUUGGAUUUUUUUUUAAAGGUAGUUGCUAAAGAUCAUAGUUGAUAGGAAGCUUAGUGUGAAAUCUUAAUUCUUUGGUGGUCUGAUGCUAGGAACAAAAGCUAUCCUGGAACAACCAUUGAUGUUUGGUUAAUAGACUGUAAACAAAAGGAAUGUACAAGAAACUAGAUUGGAGGGCAGAAAUGGAUGUUGCUUGGAAUUUUUGUUUUUAUCUGUAAUUUAUACUAGUAAAUAGGUUUAGAUGCACCAUCUUAAUACCCGAUUAACUUUUAAGAACAAAGAUAGGUUACACCUUAGCAUGUAUUCUUGCUAGCAGAGCGUAAUGCCUGGUGAAUUGCGGGGUGGGGGUGGGGCGCCAUACAUAACAAAGCACAGUAUAAAAAUAUUAGGAUUAUAGUCCCCUCUCCCGAAUUGUUAUUUUCCACUGUAUAGUAAUGCCUUAUCUUGCUCUACAGCCCACAAUGCCAGUAAAUAUUGGAAGUAGAUCUCACUGAUUUCAGACGAACUUGUUUCCAAGUAAUCAUGCUUGAAAGCAGUGAGGAUUAACUGGAAAUAUCACUUCCAUCCUCUACGGAAUACUAAACUGCGUCCCUCCAACUUUAUAGAAGCUCAGUGUUUGAUUUUCACAGAUUCUUCAUGAAGUUAUAUGUAAGCUGUUAUAAUUAGGUGACAUAGGGAUCCUGUGUGUGAUGAAAUAUCAGCAGUGUAACUGAAAACUAUUGACCUGUUUGGUUAUGUAGGCAGUUAGAAAAGUCCGCUCUGCCUAAAAUAAUAGUGGUUGAGCAAUUAACUGUAAGAGCAGGAUGCAGUUUUGGUGCAGUAAGUUCUCUUCUGCUGUUGCCUGUGGAUGUACCACAGGUCAAAGAUGCAGGAGGUGCUUGACAGUCCUCAGUGUCUUAAGUGGACGCACAUAGAAUGGGAAAUGUAAUGCUAGUAGCAUCUCAGCUGUGUAACAACUUAAACACAGUGGCCGCUUCUCUGCAUGCCAAGGAUGGCUGAGACAGUAUAAGUUGUGUUGUGUUUUAUUUAUAUACAGCAUUGCUUUUUGGCCCAAAGGUCUCCAAAGCGGUUAACAACAUAUUAAUACAAAAGAAAGAUACCACAAAUACAAUCAACCAAUCAAAACAAUAUAACAUAGCAAACCACAAAAUACCCAUCAGUUACAAUGGAUAUUACAAGAAGAUGGUCAUAUGAAAACGAUCUAGUAAGCAAUGCUAGGGAGUGUUGUAGGUAUUGCAAAAGAUGUCAGGGACAGGGCAGGAUAGAAUGCAAAGCACUGAAGGGGAAUAUGUACACAGCUGCAUUUUUGUAGGCUUGUGUGUGGGCAUUUUGAAAAUGUGAAUAAUGCAUGGAUGGCCAGACUUUGCACAAGUAAUGUACAAACAGUUGACGGAUGUUGGGAUUUUAUUCUUAAGUGAAGGCAGUCUUCCUCAUGAAAGCGCUUGGAGAAUAAUAGUGUUUGUUAAAGAAGCUGUUAUGAAAAGCUGUUCAUUAAGUUAAAACAUACUUUUUUUUUUUACUCAGAAACUGCAGGAAGAGGAUAUUAACAAAUGGGAAUGUCCUGCAUGAUGUCGAGAAAGGUAGGGAAAAGAUUAAAGAUGGAAAAAUAAAGCUGCAUUCCGUGUUCUGUUGCUGACUUCAAAGCUGGAAUGGGAUGUAAAGAGGAACAUGUUUUGACCAGCAGGAUUAUCUUUGGUUUUGAUAAAAGUCUUAGGAAAAUACUUUUUCAGCAAUUUGUAGAGGAACGAGGACUUUUAUUCUCUUCAAAAUAACAGAAAUCGGGCUAUUCACCAAUUCUUUGAAAGCUUGAGGUUUGCACAGCUGACCAAAAUUUUCUCUUGUGUUGCACCACCUUUCUAAAUAGAUCUGCAGCAGCCAGUCUUGCCUCCCAAGUCUCUGCUUCAGUAACAUGCCCACCUUCAGUUGAAAUCUACUGGUUCACAUUCUUGUUCUGAGCAUCAUAGAUUCAAAUGUUUAUUACCAGGAGAGAUGUCAUGCCCUUCUAUAAAAGGGGGCGUAGCUCAGUGGUAGGGCUGGGAAAGACUGCUGCCUGAAAUCCUGGGAGGUAACUCCCACAUAAGUUGUGGACUUCCUUUACUUUUAGAAAAUGUAUUGUUAAUGUGGUGACAGUGUCAGACCAGGGAGAUUCAAGGUCUCACUCAGCCGUGGAGCUCCCUGGAUGACCUUGGGCCAGUCAACGUUUUCCUUGUCUUCUAUACAGGGGUCUUGUGAGAAUCAGAUAGUGUGAGGGGCAAUGUAUGCUACCCUGGGGAAAGGAUUAAAUUAAAAUGUUAUAAAUUAAACCAACCGACCUUCAAACAAUACCUGAGGCUGAUUGCCUCUUCUCCUCCCAAUAUCCAUUUCUGGAAACUUGGUGAGUCACUAUGCUUGGCUUCUGCAGCUCACUGGUGGGUUCUGAUAAAUCUAAUAAAGAUUAUUACCAUUUUUAAAAGAAUUUAUCUGGCAUUUAUUUUUCCCCUUGGCGUUUGUUCAACCUGUCUUCUCGUUGAAGGUUGUUGUAAUGAUUAGAUACAACCUUCAGUGUCAUGUGAAAGCUAUUGCUUCUCUGAUAGCUUAGUGAUUAGUUCUCUGUCUUUGAUCCACCAACUGAAUGUGAUCAGUCAUCUAAAUCUAUUAGUAACCACUGAGGAUGGGGUAUCUAACUGAAAGUAGUUUAUUCCAGCUGGAGUCACUAAUUUCUUAAGAUGCAUGCAGAUAGUAUAUAGCAGGAGUUAACAUGUAUAACUGCAUACCCUCCUCCUAGGGACGUCCUAGUCAAUAAUAAUAAUACUUUUAUUAUUUAUACCCGACCCAUCUGACUGGGUUCCCCCAGCCACUCUGGGUGACUUCCAAUGUAUAUAAAAACAUAAUAAAAUGUUAAACAUUAAAAAAAACCUUACCUAUAUAGAGUUGUAUCCUGCUGUCUUGGUGAAGAUAAAUGUGGAGAAAAAUGUUAUGUGUCGGUCUAUGGAAUGGAUAACCUUUGCAGGAAAGACUGUGUGCUUCAAAUCAUUUAACUGUUUUUCAGAUGACAGCUGAAAUGUCUGCUUUUCAGUUGUUGCUGGAAUACGUAUUGCUGUACUGAUGUAUAAAGAGUUUAGGAUUUGGGGAUGAAAGCUCAUGUGUCACUAUGCGAGAUCAAGUAUUGGCAGGCUACUGGAGUUCAAGCAUUAUACAUGUGAGAAAUUCUUAAUAGUUUGGGCAACAUACUUUCAUUAAAUAAUCUGUACUGUAGCUCCAGACUUUCUAAUAGCAGUAGGAUAGGUUUGUUAUAAGCAAUUUGUAGGCAAUUUGAUUAGAAUGCAGUUUGGUUGAAGAAAGGAUAGUUAUAAAUUACCCUAGCUUGGUUAUAAAUCACACUAGCUUGAUUCUGCCAAAGAGAGAUUUACAUUGAUCAGUUAUUCUUGCUUUGCUCCACUCUCAUUGUUUCUCCGCUGAAAAACUUGAAUAUAUUCAGAAGCAUAAACACAGAUAUUGUAACAUUUGAGCACAGAGAAACACUUUAAAAUAUUUUUGAUGUCUGUCAGAAGUUUGUCGCUCAUAAAGUUCUUCCUCACGUGUUUUGGAAUAAAAUAUGUGUUAACGUCACUGCCAUACCUAGUGCUUUGGCAAAUAAAAUGUCAUGCAGUAGGAUACUUCUACUGAAAUGCUUCCUCCUUGUCUCAUGAGCAGGCAGGCUGCUAAACCCAAUAUGACGAAUUCCAGCUGUGGCAGUAAUUAAUAGCCAAAAAACGAUAUAGAAAUUGACAUCCUCUGCUAGCACAAGACAUUUUCGUGCCUGAGUUUAAAAAAUCCAAAUGACACCCCGCCUGCUUAACAUUAGGAUACCCUCCCUUAGAAAGGUUGCCUGUAUAAGCCUUGUUGAAAUGAGCAAGGAGACGGUAGAAUUUUUGUUGUGCAUUCAUAUUAGCUUUUGUUCAGCAAAACAUCUAAGUAGGUUGGACUGUAUAUGUCAGACCUAUCCCUGCCCACUGCUGCCCUCAGUGAUACCCAAAAUCUGCUGCCCUACUUUGUCUAAUGAUGGUUGCCCCCUCUGUCUGAACUUACUGAAGCUGAAAUUCCUUCAUUUGCCCUGUUAAGUAUUUCAUGACAAGCAUAUUUUAGCAAAAAGACAUUAGGCCUCUGUCCAAGUUGUAUAAUAAGAAAAUAGCAUGUGUGUGUUGUUGGUUUUUUUUGGUAAGCAAGCUGUUAUCCUUCAUCCAAGGACCAGCUUGCAUAAUCAUUCUUUAAUGGCUCAGUGCCUCUGACCUGCGUUCAAAAAUGUAUUGUGUUCCUUGUCAAACCUCCAUGCUACAGAAUCAGGACUGUAGGAAAAGUUUUCAGACUGGAUACAUCUAUGUUACGGCUGCUGUUUCAAGAAAGAUGGUAAAGCACAAAGCCAAUGGCUUAUAGAUAGGUGAAGCCAUAUUUGGUCUAGGGGGAAAAAAUGAGAUAUUACUACAGCUAUAGCUAAAGUUGAACAAAAGCUGUACAAGAGCCCACUGGAUCAGACUUUGUGGAGGAUGCUUAGUAAGGGUUUUUGUGGGAUCUGCCAAAAAUGUUCUUAAGCUCUUUAUAUGCAGGUAACUCUUUCUGUUUCAGCAUGUUAGUUGGUUCUCAUAGGAUUAUGGGACAUGUUUUUAAUUGUUCAUGCAGAUUGUGGCCUCAUCAGUACCAUUACUGCUUCUGAAUGCUGAUUUAAUGUGCCAGGUGUUGUAUAAAGUGCCUAAGUGACAAUUAUUCCUGCUCAGAGGCUUCUAAUCUACAAUAGAUUAUCAUGAUGGGGACUAGUCAGGUAUUGGAACAAAAUUGAGUUGGGGAGUGAACAAAAUUGAGUUGGGGAGUGUCAUGGCAAUGGAGAAGCUUGGAUGGUUCAGGAAAGGCUAUGUGAGAUAUGGAAAGGGCAUUGAGUGUGGAAAGGACAAGAAGCUUCAGAAGGCAUUCAGAUUUGGUGGAAACCCAGCUAUGUGGGUCUGUCAGAUGGGUUUUGGGUAGUGGGCGCUUUCUGCCAACAUUGUCUCUCAUGGUUCUAAACUACUUGCUACAGCUAUGUAAUGGCUUUUUGCACCAUAUUUCUGUUGGUUAAGCUUCAGCUGACAGGGACGCGGGUGGCGCUGUGGGUAAAACCUCAGCGCCUAGGACUUGCCGAUCGCAUGGUUGGCGGUUCGAAUCCCCGUGGUGAGGUGCGCUCCCGUCGUUCGGUCCCAACGCCUGCCAACCUAGCAGUUCGAAAGCACCUCCGGGUGCAAGUAGAUAAAUAGGGACCGCUUACCAGCGGGAAGUUAAACGGCGUUCCGUGUGCUGCGCUGGCUCGCCAGAUGCAGCUUGUCACGCUGGCCACGUGACCCGGAAGUGUCUGCGGACAGCGCUGGCUCCCGGCCUAUAGAGUGAGAUGAGCGCACAACCCUAGAGUCUGUCAAGACUGGCCCCUUUACCUUUAAGCUUCAGCUAAGCUUGGUGUAGACAACUGCUGGCCUGGCUCCCAAUGUGGUGCUUGAAACUUGUGUUAAAGGUCCUUCAUUUGUAGCCCCCUCUAUUAGUAAACGUAUAUUUAGCUUUAGGUGUAAAUGUUAUGAUCAUAUACAAUGUCGGCACCAUAAUUUUAUUUUUAGAAGAUAGCUCUUUGCCUGUUUGCUUUUUUAUAUUGAAUCACUCUGACUUUCACCGAUCAUUCAAUAACUUUUUAAGGCUUGGAACAAUGCAUCUGUUGUACUAAUUAUAGUUGGAAUUGGUUUUUUUCUGAACACUGUUGUGACAGUUAGUAAUUUGUUGAAUGGACAGAAAAUCACUGUUGGAGGCACUACAGAUGGUGGGUCUCCUCAAAGAGGGGGAUAACUAACUUCUCCCUGUAACUGUGGGAAGCAUCAGACAAAUUUAUUUCUUUCAAUGCUUUCAUAACCCAGCCUUCUUCAUCAGUACAGUACCAGGGUGGGGUUCAACAUAAAAUAGUGAUUCAAAAAAGGUUAGUGAAACCAACAAAACAUUGUUAGAAACAAUGGCAAACGAAAUAACUGCAAACUGCUUAACAGCGAAGACUAAAACAACCAGUCAUUGAACACCUAAAAAGCCUAAGGGAACAGAUAUGUCUUUACUUGUUGUCAAAAAUGACGUGGUGUCAGCACUGAAUGUACUUAUAGAGGAAGGGCACUCCACAAAUAGAGUGCUACCUUGUAGGAUGCUCCACCACCCCAGGCAACCUUCUCUUAACAGUGUGAUGUGAAGAAGAGCCGCUGUGCAAGUAAACAGGGUGUGUUUUAUACAUAAGAGGAUUCACUGAGGUAGUUUGCAUGCCACGCUAAGCCAAACCAUGGCUGGGCAUGAAUGCAUUAGUGUGUGACUACUUGGAGGAAAGCUAGUGCUGCUCCACUCCCUCUCCUGCUCCUCCUGCACUACCUUAAGCUAAGCCAGAGGUUGGCUAUGCAUUAUGUCUGGAUUCUGACCCACCCCCUGGGUGCAUGGGUCGGGGUCAUGAGUUGUCUCACUGCAAGCAAAGCAGAAGCAGUAAGCCAAGGGCAACCUUGGCUGCAGCUCAUGGUUUCUCUGGAGUGAGCCUGGUUUCUCUGGAGCCUGGGUUGGGAUGUAAUGCAAGCAUGACUUAGCUCCUGGUAGUGUGGCUAUCAAGAGGAUCGGGGGAAAGGAAGUGGCUACCAGUUUACCUCUUGAGCACCUGCAUGCUUGCACAUUCAUGUGUAGUGGUGGUUUGGUUCAGUAUUAGUUAAGAAUUGGGCCACUCUAAUUCACUGACAGAGUACAUCACUGAAAUUCUUAGAACAAACUUGACGUGUUUACUAAAACAUUAGCAGUGUAGUCAGAAGAAUCCACAUUCAUUUCAGUGGGGCUUACGGUACUUCCAGGCAAACUGGUACAGGAUCAAAGCUUAAAUUUAUUAAUCAUUUAUUAUCCUUUUUUCUAAAUCCUCAUGUCAGUAACAAAUUUUAUUAAAAAGAUUCAUAGCUGUUUACCCUAAUUUUGCUGUUAGAACAAAAUACAUAUGUGGAAGUAACUGAUUAGUGAAUUUGUAAUUAAGUUCUGACAUCCCCAAUUUUAAUAUAAUUGAAAAAUAGUAAUUACAUCUUGCCUGCUAAAAGAGAUCCAUGUCGCCUGAAGCUUGAUACCUCCACAUUUAUAAACUUUGAACCUGUGAACCAGAUUGCCUUGCCUGCUGUGUAUUCUGUUUUGGGGAGCUAACAACUGUGUUACCAAGCAACUCAUGAGACAUGAUUCUUAUACUAACUUUGGUGAAGAAUAUUCAGUAUGGUAGUAGUACAUAUUUUAUAGUGAUCAAGUGUAAAAAAACAACAACACUCAUUUGUUUGGGUAAAAAAAUGUAUGUAUUGUCAGAGUUGGUACUCUAAGUCCCAAACAUGGGUCUCUGGUUGUUGUUUUUUUCCUUAUCAUUUGUUUUAUUGGUAAAAGGAAGUUAUAGCUCAUUAUAAUAAUUAGUUGGUCACAAAUUGCGACUUGCAUUUCUGCAAACUUGGUCCAAUAAAAUAAUUUUGUGUUGAUUUAGUUCAGCUUUCCCCAACCUGCUACCUUCUAGAUAUUUUAGACUACAAUGCCUAGCACUCCAUCACCAUACAGCUAUGCUUGCUGGCAAAAACUGAUGGGAGGGCACCUGGUUGGGGAAGAUGGAUUUAGUUGUGGAGUGAAGGCUAUUCUUGAAAACCAUUUUCUAGUGUGCCAGCAAGUUCACUUACAGUUAUGUUGGCCCUGCAGUAGUGAAAUAGCACUUCUUUUUGACACUGUACCUUGAACAUGGCAGAACAUGAAUGGGAAGGGGGACAGAAGUGUUAUGCCUGCUGUUAGGAUUAAUAUAAUUGGUCAGCUAAUUGCUAGGAUUGUGGCAAGGCUCACAAUUAUCUUGCACAGCAGAUUGCUUUAUUAGAACCAUAACAAAAUCAAUAAUGAAAUCUGAUUUUUGUUUUGUUCUUUUAAAUGUUUCUGAUAGGCACUUGCAAAUCCGGAGUCUCUUGAACUUGCUUGAAUGUUAGGUUUUGCCCUGCCCUGCUUUAAAUUUUUCUCCUUUUUCUCAAUUUCCUUAGCAGUUUCUCAUAUCUGUUCAUACAUGUGGUAAGAGGUGCCAUUAACCUGUGGGAUUCAAAAGUUGUUCAUAAUCCUUUUGUUCCAAACACAGUGAUUGCAUUAACAAUGUCCGCAUUCAACUUGGAGCAUUCUUAUCCAAUCCAUAGUUGUAGCAAGCAGUUUUUUCCUAGAACUUCCUGCUAUAGUAAUUAUGAGUAGGCUUAGGUAAAGGUAAAGGUACCCCUGACCAUUAAGUCCAGUCAUGGACGACUCUGGGGUUGCGGCGCUCAUCUCGCUUUCCUGCCGAGGGAGCCCGCGUUUGUCCGCAGACAGCUUCCAGGUCAUGUGGCCAGCAUGACUAAGCCACUUCUAGUGAACCAGAGCAGCACACGGAAAUGCUGUUUACCUUCCCGCCGGAGCGGUACCUAUUAAUCUACUUGCACUUUUGACGUGCUUUCAAACUGCUAGGUUGGCAGGAGCAGGGACUGAGCAACAGGAGCUCACGCCGUCACAGGGAUUUGAACUGCUGACCUUCUGAUCGGCAAGCCCUAGGCUCUGUGGUUUAGACCAUAGCACCACCCGCUUCCCAUAUGAGUAGGCUUAAGUGCAAAUAACUGAAGCAAAUUGCCCCCCUGAGUGAGUGCCCCAGGUGAGAGAUGGAGUGGUUUCUGACUGGAAUGAUUGGAUUGAUCUCUUUUAUUUAUUUCUCUACAUUCUACUAUUAUGAUUAGAGGUGGGUUAAUAGCAGUACAGUGGCACCUCCGCAAACCCAGAAAUAGUACCUCGGGUUAAGAACUUUGCUUCAGGAUGAGAACAGAAAUCACGCAGCGGCAGCAGGAGGUCCCAUUAGCUAAAGUGGUGCUUCAGGUUAAGAACAGUUUGAGGUUAAGAAUGGACCUCCGGAACGAAUUAAGUUCUUAACCAGAGGUAGCACUGUAUGUGUCUGGGUCAGAGACGGAGGAGGGGAAUGAGGCUGCCAUCUCUGUGGUACUGGGCAGGGGGUGGUUUGAAGCUGGGCAAAGUUAUGCAGAGACAACGAGGAGGGCUAGUUAUAUCACAGCCCUUGCUCUCUGUCUGCCGUAUUUCAGAAUCUAAGGAUACUGGUUAGCCAACCCCAUCCUCCUGGUCUGAUGGUGUUGCUAUUAAAUGUCAGGUCUGAUUUGAUUAUGGGUGAAGGGGGUGGCUUGGUAUGCGUAACAGAGACUUAGGUAGGUGAGUUGGGCGGCCAUAUGGUCACCUGGUACAACACCACUCUGGGGCGGGGGGGGGGGGGAGUUAUAAUUGUCCAUAAAAUGCUAUCUCCCUUGCCAGGAAAUUGCUCCGAUUUGGACAUUGCCUUCUCCUUCCUCAGUUGACUCCAUUGUGUUAAAUUAUACAUUGUAUGCCUCUUGGGGUAGAGACCCAUCCUGAAAUACUUUGGAAAGCACCAUUCUUUGUGAAUGUGCCAUACAGUACAAACAAACUAAGUAGUUAUUAUCAAUGGUAUGAUUUAUAUCUGGAGUAGGGCAUAUUUAUCUCAUGCUCUGUGGAAUGUGCUGUUUUCUGGCUUUGCAUUAUCUCUCUUGAUGAGAUCAAACCUUUUAUCUUGGCAACAGAGCCAGCUAUCUCAUCUUUUCCUGCAGCAUGAAACAGAUGACCUUGUUUGCUGUAAAAAUGUCCACUCUUCUGGUUCCGAUUAGCUCUGUAGACUCUGAUCAUGCACAGGAGCUGAGCAGGACUGCACUCCCACAGUCACAGGGAAUUGGAGCUAUGGUACAGUUCAGCACAUGAUUGGAGCCUAGAAAACCAGCUCUUUGUGUGAUUUGAGACUCUGCAUGGGAAGUCUUUAAGCUGCGAAUACUCAAAGUACCCUGCAAUUCACUACCUGAAAUAUACUCCCCUGGGUGCCAUUCCUCCUCCUUCAGAGUUAUCAGAGUUAGUCUGGAAUAUCCACAAAUAAGACAUAACCUGUAAUGGAUUCUCUCAAAACAUUCUGAUUCUCUUUUCCCUCUCCUUUUGUACUAGUGCAUAAGGUUCAGCAUUACCCUGAAGCUAAAACUUGACAUGUGGUUGCAAAUGAAGAAUUCCCAAUCCAGUGUUUUGUUUUUAAGGUGCAACGAAGGGACCAUUGGUGAGGCAGGUUUGCAGGGAAGGGCAGGAAGGAGGACGCCCUUCCCCUGCCCUGCCCUUUCCUCUAGUCAACCUGAAAGCCCAACCUUGCAGAUUUGGGUUAAACAGCCACUGACUGCCAUUUCUCCCCCAGAAAAGCACCCUGCCCCCUCCUUUUUAUUUCUGUUUGCUACUGAAUGUCUAGUGGAGCCCUGAAGCCUGCUUCACAAAUAUUUAAGAUGUGCACAUAGAAAAGAACAUGUGAUUAUGUCAUGGGUAGGCAAACUAAGGCCCGGGGCCCGGAUCUGGCCCAAUCGCCUUCUAAAUCCGGUCCGCAGACAGUCCGGGAAUCAGCGUGUUUUUACAUGAGUAGAAUGUGUGCUUUUAUUUAAAAUGCAUCUCUGGGUUAUUUGUGGGGCAUAGGAAUUCAUUCAUCCCCCCCCAAAAAAAUAUAGUCUGGCCCCCCACAAGGUCUGAGGGACAGUGGACUGGCCCCCUGCUGAAAAAGUUUGCUGACCCCUGGUAUGUGAUGAGCACAUAGCUGGGAAACCCAGCCAGAUGGGCGGGAUAUAAAUAAUACAAUUAAUUAUUAUUGCCAUAUAUACAUAGCUCCGUGCCCACAUUCACUUAACAAGAAACCCAGAAUUGCUAAUGCCUAACGUAAGGAGCAGUCCUGAUAGACUUGUAAGAGGUAGUCUGCUAUUGACUGCUGGUGGGUAUGUCCUUUCCAGCACGUUCUUGAGCAGUUCUUGAAGGGUUGCUAUAUCCCCAGGCAUCCAUGGUAACCCUUAUCCUCUCUGCUCUGUCCUGAAGCACUUGCUUCCUUUCUCCACCCUUCAUCAAAGUAACUUCCCUUUCAGCUUGACCUCUGCACACAGAAAUGACAUGCCAGCAGUUUUGCUGUGUCACUCUAUAUUGCAAUGGGCGUAAGCGGAGCUCUUCUGAUUCAGGCCAAAACUCCCAUCUUGUCCAGCAUCUUGCUUCUUACAGGGAUCAUUCAUAGCCAUUGAGAAAACCCACAAGCAGGGCUUCAUUCAUUGCUGCUCCCCAGCAACACAGAGGUGUCAUUUAAGCAUCUGUUCUCCUAUAUCUCCUUUUUAAGAAUAUGUUUUUAUUAACUGGUUUUUCUUGAGUAACAAAGGUACAUAACACGUCUCUGUUUAAUAAUAGUUUAGUCCUUCAUACAGGUCUGUUAUGUGAGACAUUAUUGUUAUAGGCAAUAUGGCAUGGGGGGAGUGAAGUGGGGAGAGAGAGGGGAGGAAAUAGAGUGGGGGACACAGAGUAAACUUUCAUUCUUUGGCAUAGUAUAUGAGCAGAGCUUUGGUGUCAGCAUCACGUGAGUACGUAUCUUAUUUUUGCUGGUGAAGGGAGAGGCUAGAGGGCCCAGGACAUUUGGUUGGUUGCAGUGUGGUGGGUGUGUUGCUGGGUUAAACCAGCCAUAUCAAUUCACAUGCUGUUAGGGGAGGUUGGUCUUUAUCCUGUUGGCCUAUAUAUGCAAUAAAGGGGAACCACACCGGGUGAAAGCAUUCUUUGUUUUGCCCCAUGCUAAUUUCAGUUUGUUAGUUAGCUUUUCGAAUAUGACGGUUUCCCAUACAGUUUGGUACCAGUGGCCCAUGUUCACUUAUGAUAGGUCCCUCCAGUGUUUGGUUAUGACACUCCUAACUUCUGAGAGUAAGUGGCUUAUGAGUUAUUUAUCAUGGGAGUGUGCAUUGUUGUCUUGGAAGAUAUUUUGUAGAGCCAGUUCUGGAGUUGCAGAUUUAUUAUAAGACUGCUAUCCAAAGGGAUUGAAUUUGGAGGCAAUUGCACCACAUAUGGAGGUAUGUACCUAUGGUGGUGCAGCCUCUCCAACAACUAGAUGAAGUUCCUGGGUGUAUCAUUGCCAGUUUCUGUGGUAUUAGGUACCACCUGUAAAUUUGUUUCAAAAUGAGUUCCCUCUUCUUGGCUGAGGGAUUUGAAGGGCAAUUUAGUCCAUAGUUUUGACCAUUGGGUUGAGUUUAUUUUGUAUAUUGUGUCGUAUUCCCAUUGCAGUAAGGAGUGUAGUGUCUUGGAGUAGUGCUUUGUAUAUUGCUGAUACCGUCCCUUUGCUGUGUCCCUCUGUUGAUAGUAGGAGUUUUUCAAAGUUAGACAAGGGCCUAGUGGCAGUUGCCUUUGUUGCUGGGUUGUUUAAGAAGGCAUGUAGUUGUUGGGUCAGUCAGGGUAUUUGGGUGUUCCCUACUUUGUCUUGUAUUUCUUGUAUCAGUAUGGGGUUGCCAUUUUGUAGGUGGUGUAGACCUUUGGCUUGCCAAAGCUUUAUUUGAAAGCUUUGGGAUGCAUGGUGGAACAGUAGGUGGUAAACUGGGCGAUUAGAGGGGGACAGGGCUGGGACAGUAUUCCUAUUUUUUCUUUCCAUGCUUUAAGCAUGGUCUGUGUGGAUCUGUUUUGUGUUGUGAGGGUUUAGAAAUGGGUACAAUGAGGUGAGGGUGUUUCUGAUUACAGUGGUGCCUCGCAAGACGAAAUUAAUCCGUUCCGCGAGAGUCUUCGUCUAGCGGUUUUUUCGUCUUGCGAAGCAAGCCCAUUGACGGAUUAGCGCUAAUAGCGCUAUUAGCGGUUUAGCGGCUAUUAAAGGCUUAAAGGCUUAGGGAUUAGCUGCUAAAAGGCUAUUAAAGGCUAUUAAAGGCUUAGCAGAUUAGAUAAAGGGGGAAAAGCGAAAAAAAUCUCAAGACUCGCAAGGUAUUUUCGUCUUGCGAAGCAAGCCCAUAGGGGAAUUCGUCCUGCGAAGCAACUUCAAAACGGAAAACCCUUUCGUCUAGCGGUUUUUCCGUCUUGCGAGGCAUUCGUCUUGCGGGGCACCACUGUAUAUCUAAUUCUAUGUACACCCAUUCUUUCGUUUCAUCUUCUAAAAUGAAUAUUGGGAAUUCUCCAUCCUCCUUCUGAGGUGGGGAAAUGCAGGAAUUUGGAAUUUAUUCAUGGCUUUCUGUGUGAGAAGAUAAAUGAAUAUAGUCUUUUUCUGCCACUUGCGGAGUUGGGUCUAAUCACCUUUUAAAGGUGUCUUUAAAAGGAGGUUAGAGCACCAGGCAGCGAAAGCACAAGAGGCAGCACCCUGCUUGCCCCACUGCUUCUGCAGCCAGAACAGGCCCCCCCCCAGUGGGAGGGUGAUGUUCCAUCAUAUGGCAUUGCCGCUCAUCUUCUCUGCCCCAGGGCAGAGCACCCUGGCUUUUGCUGGCAGUGAAAGUGAGGGUGGGGCAGGGCGGGGUAGGGAGAGACACAUUCCCGUUUUACGAGAUGUCCCGGUUAUGGCAUAAGCUUUCCUGUAGAACAAACAACUUCAUCAGUUGCAUUUUUCAUGAAAAGCUAGUAUUGUAAAUGACAGUUUCACAGAUCACAUUCCAAAUUACUCAUUUCUUGUAUGACGAAGUAAUGUCUCCAGGCUAUGAAGAAUCUUAUGAGCCUGUAUAAUUGAACAGAAACAAUGGGGUGUCUGGGCGAAUUUCAGACAUCCCUUUCCUGAGGGGCAAUUAGUUUAAGUGGAGAACUACAAGAAUGGUCAGGAGACUUGCUUGAAUCUCACAGUUGUGAGCUCACAGGCAGCAUUUGACAGGCCAUGCUCUUUCAGCCUCAGCCCCUCCCCAUCUAUAAUAGGGCAUAUAAAUUUAACCUACAUUACAGGGUUAUUGUAAGGAUUGAAGCAAUAUAAUUCACAUGAAACACUUUCGGGUGUGCAGAGUGCUAUAUAAAUUGGAACAGAUGUUUCCUUGUUCGUUUAAUACUUUUAUAUACCCAGAGGAGCUCCGGGUAGCAAACAACAAGGGAUAAAGCAACAAAGCAAUGAAAACAUAUUGAAAAUAUCUUUAAAACAAUACUGCAUCUCUCUGUCAUUGUUCCAUUGAUUAACAUUUUCACCCUUUGUUCCAUAUACCCUUCAAUCCCUUUGAUAAAUGCUAUCCCAAAGUCCAUAAUUUCCAUAAUUCUCUUCAUAAAUACCCAAGGGACAUUGUCGAACACCUUCUCAGCAUCCAAAAAUAUUAAGAUAGCUUCUUUUUCAUUCUUUUUUAUGAAAACUUUCCAUGAAAAAUAUAACAAUGGAAUAUUUUCCACCCUGUAUCACCCUGACGUUGUUGUUUUUUUUUAAAAAAAUGCAACUUUAGUGAACAAAUCCAGACAUUCACUCUGUAGAAGAAAUUAAAACAUGCACCAUCCAUGGUCCAGUUUGGAUUAUUGUUUGAGCCUUCCCAAGCCAUAGUUUAUGAAAUCAUAAAUAAACGUUGAAGCUGAGUUCUCCUUCCCUGGUUCAUUUUCCUGGUUUAUUAACUGACAUUAAAACACAGCCCCCGUGUUCAGAUGCAACAUGUAAUUCUGGCCUAAUGCACAGAUUUGUGGUGAAGCCAGUGCAUAACGGCAAGAAGGGAUGGGUUUGGAAUUACUGCUGUCUAUGCCAGGCCAAUGUGAAAGGAGUUGCUAUUCAGGUUAGCUAUACCACUGAAGAGCAGUAAACUUGUUCUUGACGGAUAGUCCUGUGGAGUUGUUGUUCAGAAGAACCUGGCAAAUGAUUCCACAAAAGUUAUUUGCCUACACAAAAUGUUUACUUGCCCACUUGCCCAAACAUAUUUGUCUUAAUGAUGGCGGUCACCUUAGUUCACUUUAAAAGGGAUUAGACAAAUUCAUAGAAGGUAAGACUAUCAAUAGCUACCGGUCAUAAUGGCUGUAUCCUACCACCAGGGCAACAGCAGUGAGAGAAGGCUACUGUGCUUAUGUCCUCCUUGUGGGCUUCCCAUUGGAGCCCAUUGGACCUGGCUGGCCACCACAGAAAGCAAAAUGCUAGACAAGAAGGGCUCCCAGUCUUUUAUGUUUAAUUGAUGUCUAUAAGGGUGGAGGAAGGCAUGAGGAAAGUUUUCCUAUAUGAUCUUGUAGAAACACUUUGCCUGCCCUGGGUAAGGUCAGCUGAGUGGUUAUCGACAAGCCCUGUUGUGAAAGACCAGGAUGGAAAUCCACAUUUUAGAGCUGUGGGCUCUGGCAUUGUGGCUUUUCAUCUGAAGCCAAACCAUUGAACAUAGUUGCUGGAGGCGUUGUAAAGGGACUGCUUAAGGCUAAACAAACACUGAGUCAAGUGUUAGAAGAAACCAGUGAAAUUGGAUGUCGGUACGUGUGCAUAUGUGUAGAACACUGCUGCUUAGCCCAAAGAAGAAGAAAAUGUUGGAAAUGAAUAAAUAAGGAAACAAUUCCUGCAUUGCAGGGGGUUGAGCUAGAUGACCCUUGGGGUGCCUUCCAACUCUACAAUUCUAUAUUUAAAAAAUGCACUUGCAAGUUAGGAAAUAUCACCUCUGUCUUUGCAUACUGAAAUGAUGUAUAUGGUGGGGUCUUGUUUUAAGAUUAAUGAGAGGUCUUGGUGAUUUAUCAAAUGUCUUACCUGAGGAUUGUGAUCAGUAUAUCAGUAUUUUUAAUUAUUAAGGAAAUAACUAGUGGUAUUGUGUAGUGGUUGGAGCGUUGGACUUGGACUGGGGAGCCCUGACUUCAAAUACUCCCUCAGCCUUAAAACUUGACUGGUCCAGAGAUACUAUCUCUCAGCAUCAGCUGCCUUGUAUGGCUGCUAUGAGGAUGAAACGGAGAGGGUGAAAUGGAGAGGGAGGAACCAAGCGUGCUACUUUGAGGUCCUUAGAGGAAAGGUAGGAUAUAAAUGUAACAAAGGUAUAAAAAAAGAAACAUGGAAGGCAAAAUGUAUUCCCUUCCAAUAGAGCUGCCUUGCCAUUAGUUGCUUUCCCAUACUCUGGCCAGGUUCUCCAGAUGCCCUGCAAGUACAUGGCAAUGAGCUGAUGUGAGCACUUCUUGUGCGCCGAUAUAUCACUUGCAGUGCUGUACUAAAUCCAAUGCAAAUCAUGUUUAUAUAGUCCCAAAUUUGUGGUGAGUGGAUAUUAUUUUUGGGUGUUUGGGGGCAGAAGGAGCAAGUUCUGAAAUGCUGAUUAUUUGCAUAUUCAUAUCUUUCCUAACAUUAGAAAGAAAAUCCUUUACAAGGAUGCCAUUCUUCUGAAAUCAGCAAUUAAAUCUGCAUGGCUUGUAAUUUGCAUUAAUUAUGGUGUAGGUCCUGUAUAAUUGCACACUCAAGGAGAAUAUGGAAUCCACAGUGAAUUAAAUUCAUCUGGAAACAUUGAUAUGGGGAGACAUGAGCUCUAAUUAUCUUGGUGUAUUUUACCCAUCCAAAUGAAUUAUGAACACUGGACUUUGUUCAAGAACUAAAAUAUGUGUACAAUAAGACUAAAAUCUCCCACAUCCUUUUUAAGAGUAUAGCUAUGAUUCUCAGGUGGCUAACAUCACUGAAGUAGAGGACAGUAGUUUGAGGAUUGCAUUUUUAUAUAGUUUCUUUAAAAUGUUAAUACUUUUUUUGUUGUGUAUUCUUUCUCCUUGUGUUCUGGAUUUCAUAUUACUAUCUGUCUUCUCAGUGAGUUUAUCCUGUAAGAGUUGUGUAAACUAACACACUAAAAGAAGUUUUAUAAAAAAAAGUUUUUUCUCUUUGCAGAAACAAUAUAACUGUAAGUUUUGUCCUGUACUUUUUGUGGAACUGCCCCACCUUUGGUGAGAGGUGAAAUCCUCAAAUCAGUUUUUGUUAAAAAAACCCUAAUUUCUUUCACCUCUAUAUCUUUCAUACCCCAAACACAUGAAAUGAUUGAAAGGUGUUAUAUAUACAGUAGUGUGUGUUGGAAAACUUGUCAGAAGAGGAGAGAUGCUUGCUUCCUCACAUGUCCUUUGUGAGAAUGAAUUUGGGAGUGUUUCUGUGGGGUAUUUGCACUAAUAUUUACAAAGUAUAUUUGUGCCAGAAAGACACUUCUGGUUUUUAAAUAAUUAUAUUUAUUUUUUAAAAAUAUUAAAUGCAAAUAGUUAGUGAGAUAUUUAUCUUGUGAACUGCCCUGUGAUCUUUCAAUGCAAGGAAGUAUAUGUUAAAUAAAAUAAAAUAGUAAGAGAACAGAUCUUUCUGUGAGUGAUGGAAGUGUGUUUGCUUCUCAAUUCUGAUGGCCACUUUGUGUGUGUGUUGUGUGUGUGUGCCUGUGUAUUUGCCUGCCUGCCUUCCAGUAGCUUAAUGGGCACUACAAGUGGAAGCUAGAUGGCGCUCUUGAUUUGUAUUUUUUUGCAUCGAAAUGUCCGGGUUUGAGCAUUUAUUUUUUUUAGAGAGCAAUUGCAAGUUAAGGUUGUGGGUGUUUUGUGAGGGGAAAACUGUAUUCUGUGCUGUCUUUUUCUAUUACCACAAUAGCCUGAAUUAUGAAUUGUCUACAAACCAUAUUAGUGCUUCCGAACUAUAUGCCAUAAAUGAUUAUUUAUGAAAUUAUAACCAAAUGGAAUUGUACAAGCAAAGAGGCUACACUAUCAGCCUUUUUAAAAGACCCCUCAGGCACACAGCACAGUCAUGUGUUUUGUCCAUUUGUUAUAUUUAUGAAUCUCAAGCAAAGCUAAUACUUAGAUCUUGUCCCUUCAAGGAGUUGAGAGGCUCAGCCCCAUGUUUGCCUGCCUGCCUGCUUGUAUCAAUCUUCCUCACACCAAGCUGAUUGCACUGAAAGAUACUAGGUUCCCCAAGGUCACUUAGUAAAGCUAAAACCUGGUAUUUCCCCAUACUCUUAAGAACAUAACAAGAGCCUGAUGGAUUCGGCCAAUGGCCCAUCUAGUCCAGCAUCCUGUUCUCACAGUGGCCAACCAGAUGCCCAUGGGAAGACCACUCCUGCAGUUUCCAGUAACUGGACUUCAGAAACAUUCUGCCCCCGACUGUGGCGGCAGAACACACCCAUAGUGGCGAGUAGGGAUUAUGGAAAGGCUAGCAGAAUUAUCUGAUGUGCUACUUUUUCUUCUGCACAUAGAGUAUUUAUCUUCAUACAUUGCUUCUCCAUAUUUAACCACCACUACUGAGAAGACCAGGGACGCGGGUGGUGCUGUGGGUUAACCACAGAGCCUAGGGCUUGACGAUUGGAAGGUCAGCGGUUUGAAUCCCCGUGAUGGGGGGAGCUCCUGUUGCUCAGUCCCUUCUCCUGCCAACCUAGCAGUUCGAAAGCACACAGUGCAAGUAGAUAAAUAGGUACCACUCCGGCGGGAAGGUAAACGGUGAUUUCCGUGCGCUGCUGUGGUUCGCCAGAAGCAGCUUAGUCAUGCUGGCCACAUGACCCAGAAGCUGUACGCCGGCUCCCUCGGCCAGUAAAGCGAGAUGAGUGCCACAACCCCAGAGUCGUCCGUGACUGGACCUAAUGAUCAGGGGUCCCUUUACCUUACUGAGAAGACCAAAUACAAACUCAUUGACUUGUAUGAUAAUAUUGGAGAGAAUGCCUUUGUCUGAUCCACCCAGAAAAUUAGUAGCCAUUGAUAGCCUUGUUCUCCAUGGAUCCUCUUUUAAAGGCAUCCCCUGCCUCUUGUGGGAGUAAGUGCCAUAUUAUAAAGGUGCGUUGUAUGAAGAAGUAUUUUCUUUUAACGGUAUUGAAUCUUCCAAUAUUCAGCUACAUUGGAGGUCCAUGAAUUCUAGUGUUAUGAGAGAGGGAAAAACAGCUUUUCUCUAUUUACUUUCUCCAUGUCAUGCAGCAUAAUUUUUUAAGCUUUUAUGAUGUCACCUCUUAGUCACCUUUUCUCUAAACUAAAAAGUCCCAAACUUUGAUCUUUGUGGUUAACCUUUCCCAACAAUACAAUACCCUUUUUUAGGUGAGGCAACCAGAACUGCACACAAUUUUCCAGUUGUCUACAGUAAUCUUAUGUCAUAACUUUAUUUUAUAUUUAUAUAUUUUACAUAAAUAUAUAGUUAUUAUACUUGAUGUUACUAAAUGAGAUUAGUUAUUAAGUUGCUUGCUGAUAAAUAUUCUACAGCCUUUUAAAUGUGUCUGUGGGAAGGCGGAUUAUUGUUUUGCUGUUUUGUUUUACUUAUUUACUUGUUUUUAUGCUCUAUUUUAUUCUGUGAACUGCCCUGAGAUGUUAUGGUGAAGGGUGGUAUAAUAAUAAUAAUAAUAAUAAUAAUAAUAAUAAUGAUGAUGAUGAUGAUGAUGGAGAAUUUCCUGAAAUGAGUGGGGAAACAGUUGGGUGCAUGCAAAGGUUUCCCCACAUCUGUGACUUUACCUUUCUCUAAUAGCAUUUUGGAGCAGAUUCUUUAGCACAGCUUGUAACUUGAGCAAACUUUUGCCACUGUGGCAGAAAAUUGCAUCCCAGCUUAUGGCAGAUGAGGCAUAAUUGCAAAAGUCGGUGCUUAUGCUUUUGUUGUGGCCAAAUUGCGCCACAUGUUUUUUGCAAUAUCAUGAUAGAUUGUUAGAACGAUGUCUUAUGGAACUUGAUGACUAAUUUUUUUCUCAUGACCUAUAUUUUCAACAGUAAACUUCAUGGAUUGCUCUACAUAUCUGUAACUGAUAAUAGAAGUGGGUGAACCAGAAUAAUUUGUCAGGGUGACAAUAGUUUUUCAGAACUGGGCAUCCAGAUUUUAAAGGACUUGGUUUCACACCUUCAAGGGGCUUUGCAUACAUAUUUCACAGUAUGUAGAACAACUGAUGAUUACAGAUGCAGUCUGCAUUUUCCUUUUUAAGCUUGGUUUGCAGAAGCCAAGUACUGUUUAAAGGGAUUGCUACUGUAAUAUUUACUCAAGGUUUCUAGUUAUGUCAGAGGCAUGUAGUAACACCGUGUGACCAUGUGGUGUGUCUUGGUAUUUUUUAACAGUUGUGUAAUGUAUAAGCGCUUACUCUGAUAGGAUAAAGUACAGUUAUACAAUAUAUGGAAUAUAAAUCCUUCUGCAUGAUGCUUGUGGUGCUAGUAUGAUCACUACAGCUGGCAGCUGCUGGUAGGAAACAGGCAAAACUGUUCCACAGAGACUUUGCUAUCUGCCCUGGUGUCUUGAGGUAAGAUAGUCAUUAACCGGCUGAAAGUUGUAGCUAAUGUAAGAGAAGUUCAGCUAGAGAAUUUAUAUGGGUUAUAUGCUGAAGUUUUGGUCUUGAAAAUAUUGCCACUUGAAAAUUUGAAUUUUCAUAACUUGGAAGUUUCUCCCCUCUACAAGUUAUGAAAAUCCAAAUUAUCAAGAAGUUAGAAGUGUCAGUGUAUUUCUGUGUCCUGAGAUAAAUGAAUCCAGACUAAAUCUUAAAACUAUUUUAAGUGUAUUGUUAAUGUUUUAAGUGUAUUGUCAAUAGGGGUGGGGUUGCAUAGUGUCUGGCUUGAUUUGAAACGUGACAUGGCCAUGAACUGACUAAAUGGCCUUAGGCAAAAACUACACUGUCAUAGAAUCAUAGAAUUGUAAAGUUGGAAGGGACCCCAAGGGUCAUCUAGUCCAACCCUCAACUAAAGCACCCAUGACAGAUGGCCACCCAACAAUUGCUUAAAAUCCUCCAAUGAAGGGAGUCCACCCCUUCUGAGAGAGUCUGUUUCACUGUCAAACAGCUCUUACUGUCAGACAGUUCUUCCUGAUGUUUAGUCGGUAUCUUCUUUCCUAUAGCUUGAAACUAUUAGUUUGAGCCCUACCCUCCAGAGGUUGCCCCAUCUUCUGUGUGGCAACCCUUUAGAUAUCUGAAGAGGGCUAUCAUAUCUCCUCUCAGUCUCCUCUCUUCCAGGCUAAACAUUCCCAACUCCCUCAACCAUUCCUUGUAAGACUUGGCUCCCAGACUGUUGACCAUCUUGGUUGUCAUCCUCUGCACAUCUUCCAGCUUGUCGAUAUCUAGCAUUAGCUAUCUAAUCUGCAUCUUGGGGGCAAUAAUAUGAAUCAAAGUUUACAAGAUAAUGUAUGUGAAAUGCUUUGAACACACUAAAGUGGAAUGUCUGUUUCUGAUGAGGAAAAUGUAGUUUAGAAUAAAGCCUUCAGUUUUGGAGAUUUGGUGGGUGCAAAGAGAAAUAGAUAAAACUUUGUAAAAAUAGUCUUUCUAUGCCACAGUCCUCUCUACCUAUAGAAAGGAAUGUCUACAUAUUAGUUUUCUUGAGAAAUAACCAGUCACAUAAAUCAUUAUGUAUUUUGUAUCUUUAUUGCUUGGCUUGAGAGGCUAAUUGAAGUGCUUUGUUCAGGAGAAAACAGCUGCUUAAAACCCCCACAGCCGCUUCGUUAUUUUUUGUGAUCCAGACAAAACAGUGGCAGUAUGUAUGAACAUCAAGCAAGAACAAUUCCUUUCACUUUUCAGGAGAUGAUGUAACAAUUAGAGCAGGGAUUUAAAUUUAAAAUAUGCAUUUUCAUUCUGAAUGGACAUUUUUUCUGUCACAAACUGAAGGCAGGGCAUUGCUCAAGCACAGCUAUUUUCAGAAAGCAUGGUUGGAUAUGCUUAAACUGUUGGUAUUGUGAAUGCCAGCGCUGUGUGUGUGUGUGUGUGUGAGAGAGAGAGAGAGAGCUUGAGAGAGAGAGAGCUUGCUCCGUGUACAGCAUGGUGCUGCACUAGCAACAGUCACCACCGCAGUCAAAGUGAACAUUGGGAUUCGAUGGAGACAAAGCAGAUACAUCCCCCAGUGCAAGGUAUUUGACCCUGAGUGCCACCUCUACCUAACAGCACAAACCUAGAACCAUAACAUUUUCGGCUGACCAUCUUCUGAUCAUACGUGGACUUUAAAGUAAUCAGAAGAGGCCCUUUUAAAUGUAUGUGUCCUGCCCCCAUCUGGGGCAUGGCUGAUAGGAACACACAGAAAGGCUUUUUUUGGGUUGGUGCACAAAGUUGGUAGAAAUUGCUACUCGAGAGUUCCAUGCUGACCCCUUGAUUUCCUUGAAGCUUGAAUUUGUUUUAUUCUGGGUUGUUGUAUUUGAUGUUUUAACGUGUUGUAAACCACUUUGAGUUUUUUCUUUAAAAUAUAAAGUAGUAUAGAAAUGAAAAUCAUCAUCAUCAUCAAUGGGGGGGGGGCGCCUAGACAUUCCAUUGUGGUGACCAUAACCUAAGUUUAAGGUGGCAUUUGGCAAUUAGCUUAUAUAUCUGAGUUUCCAACACUGGUUGUAGCCAGUAUGGCCAGUGGUCAGGGAUGGUGGCUAUUAUAAUCCAAAACAUAUGGAAGGCAUCAGUUCAGGAAAGAUGAACUAAACACUCUCUGCACUUUUGUUUGUGUGUGUGUGUGUGUAUCCGUGUGUGUACGUGUGUGUACAGUGGUACAACAGUUUAAGAACAGCCCUGUUUACGAACUAUUCGGUUUAUGAACUCUGCAAAACUGGAAGUAGUGUCCCAGUUUGUGAACUGUACUUCGGUCUAAGAAUGGAAUCUGCAUGGUGGAAGGGCACUGGCGGUGGGAGGCCUCAUAAGGGAAAGCACGCCUCGGUUUAAGAACGGUUUCGGUGUAAGAACGGACUUCCAGAACGGAUUCAGUUCAUAAACCGAGGUACCACUGCAUAUACAUAUAUAUACACAAUGGUACCUUGGUUCAGGAACAGCUUAGUUGUCGAACAAAUUGGCUCCCGAAUGCUUCAAACCUGGAAGUAAGUGUUCCAGUUUGCGAAUGUUUUUUGGAAGCCGAACGUCUGAUGUGGCUUCCGCUUGAGUGCAGCCAAUCAGAAGCUGUGCCUUGCUUUUCAAGCGGUUGUGGGAGUCGAAUAGACUCCCAGAACGGAUUAAGUUCGAGAACCAAGAUACCACUGUACAUGAAUUGUGGUAUAGAUGCAGUGUGCUGUGCAUAUAAUGAAAAUAGAUGGUGAUGGUGAGUUUAAAAAACAACAGUCCCCCACCCCUGAAUGACUUGGUCUUGACCAGGAAUGUCCUGAAUCUUUCUGUUGGACUACUGUUGAUGGUUAUUGAAUAUUGUAAGUUUCCAUCAUCCCACAGUACCUCCACAAUAUCCUACAUUGCCCUCUGUGAGAGACUUGAGCUUCUCGUCAUCUGUCUUCUGCACAGGCUGGCUGUUUGAGGUUUCAUGGUGCUUGCUAGUAUUUAGUGAUUCCCAGGUGCUUCUUGUCAAAGCCCAAAGGGGAAGAGCAGAGAGUGAGAGUGAGAAUGAGAGUGUGGUGAGGAGGGUCGGAACCAAACAGUACAAAUUGAGAGCAUUUGCAGAUGACUUAGUAUUGACGUUACAGGAGCCAGAAUCUAGUACCAAAAGGGUUUUAGAACUGAUUCAAGAAUUUGGUCAGGUUGCAGGAUUUAAACUGAAUAAGUUAAAAACUAAGGUUUUAGAGAAAAAUUUAACACCGAUUGAGAGAGAGAGGUUUCAGAAUGAGACAGGCUUAACAGUGGUUAAGAAAGUGAAAUACCUGGGGAUUAACAUGACAGCAAAAAACGGGAAUUUAUUUAAAGACAACUAUGAAAAAUGCUGGGCCGAAGUGAAAAAAGAUUUAGAAAUUUGGUCAAACUUGAAGCUUUCAUUGCUGGGUCGCAUUGCUGCGAUAAAAAUGAAUGUACUGCCUAGAAUGUUGUUUUUGUUUCAAACAUUGCAAAUUGUGGACAAAAUGGACUGUUUCAAGAAGUGGCAGAGAGAUAUUUCUAGAUUUGUCUGGCAGGGCAAGAAGCCUAGAAUAAAAUUUAAAAUACUAACAGAUGCAAAGGAAAGAGGUGGAUUUGCCCUGCCAGACUUUAAACUUUAUUAUGAAUCAGCAACUUUUUGCUGGUUGAAAGAGUGGCUGCUUCUUGAAAACACAGACAUUUUGGAUUUAGAAGGUUUUAACAAUGUAUUUGGAUGGCAUGCAUAUCUGUGGUAUGAUAAGGUCAAAGCACAUAAAGCAUUUAAGAAUCAUAUUGUCAGGAAAGCAUUGUUUAAUGUCUGGAUAAGAUAUAAGGAUUUAUUGGAAAACAAAACCCCAAGGUGGCUGUCACCGAUGGAAGCAAAAGCACAGAAAAAGCUCAAUAUGGAGGCCAAAUGGCCGAAAUAUUGGGAAAUUUUGGAACAAGAUGGAGAUAGAUUGAAACUGCAGAGUUUUGAGAAAUGAAAAAACAAAGUGCGAGACUGGCUUCAUUAUUAUCAGAUAAUGGAGGCAUAUAAUUUGGACAAGAAAAUUGGCUUCCAGGUGGAAAAAUCAAAAUUAGAAACAGAACUGUUAGAACCCAAAACUAAGAUUUUGUCAAAGAUGUAUAACUUGCUGUUGAAAUGGAAUACUCAGGAUGAAAUGGUGAAAUCUGCUAUGAUUAAAUGGGCACAAGAUGUUGGACAUAACAUAAUGAUGGCUGACUGGGAACAGUUAUGGACCACAGGUAUGAAGUUAACGGCAUGUAAUGCCUUAAGAGAGAAUAUUAUGAAAAUGAUAUACAGGUGGUACAUGACCCCAGUCAAGCUUGCAAAAAUCUAUCAUUUGCCCGAUAAUAAAUGUUGGAAAUGUAAAGAAACCGAAGGUACAUUCUUUGACCAUUGGUGGACGUGCCCAAGGAUUAAGGCUUUCUGGGAGAUGAUUUAUAAUGAAAUGAAAAGGGUAUUUAAAUAUACCUUCCUGAAGAAACCAGAGGCCUUUCUCCUGGGCAUAGUCGGCCAACUGGUGCCAAAGAAGGAUAGAACUUUUUUUAUGUAUGCCACAACAGCAGCAGGAAUACUCAUUGCAAAGUAUUGGAAGACACAAGAUCUACCCACUCUGGAAGAAUGGCAGAUGAAGGUGAUUAACUAUAUGGAACUGGCGGAAAUGACUGGCAGAAUCCGAGACCAGGGAGAAGAGUCGGUGGAAGAAGAUUGGAAGAAAUUUAAAGACUAUUUACAGAAAUACUGUAAAAUUAAUGAAUGUUAGAAUGAUGUUGGAUAGAAACUAAGUGGUUUUUAGCUGCAAUACUAUAAGGGAAUAUGAAAAAUGGAUUAUUAGUAGGCAAAGAUCUAAUGUUAUAAUAUUUUAAGAUCAAAGAUUAGGAUAAACAAAGAGGGGAAGGAUUUGCUGAACUAACAAAUUGAAUUGGAAUACAAAAAAGGGAGGCGUGAGGAGGUCCGGGAAACAAGCUAAUGAAAAAUAAGCAAUGGAAAGAUUGAGUUGUUUUUAAUUAUUUUUAUUUUGUAUUUUUCUUUUUUCUUUUUCUAUUUUUAUUUUUUUGUAACAUCUUGAAAAUCUUAAUAAAUAUCUUAUAAAAAAAAGAGAGAGAGAGUGUGGUGAGGAGGAAGUGGAGGCCUGUAACACUUCUUCUUUGCUAAGUGCCAGCUGGGAAAUCACUCUCAGCACAUCAAAGUGCUAUUAGAUGUGCUAUCUAUUGUUUCUUGUAUGUACGUAACUUCUUUUUUUUACGGAUAAGCCACGAACAAGCUUUAUAAAUUAAUUAGAGGGAUUCACAGCCUUUCCCCCCUAUCCUGACCUCCACAUCCACCCCUAUGUUAGUUCCAUUCUUUCUAUAUUGAGUUUGAAUAUUUGCGCUCCCUUGUUAUGAGGGAAAUGUGUGAACCAGCUAUUCACCCAGUUUCAUUGGUAAGUUGUGUUGCUAGAAAUGCUUUCUUUAUCUCAGCUUCAUGGAUGAUUAUGACUUCAGCCUGUCCAAGUGGAAUUUCCCAGUUGAUACGACUACUGUGGAAAGGCCAGCAAUCUUUGUAUCUUAUCAAUGGUACAUCCAAAUUUCUUGCAUCCAUCUUUCUGCAGCCCUUUUUUCCACUGGAAGAGAACGAAGGCUUAUUUGGUAUCACUGGUCUGACAGGUGCCAAAUAGAGACUCAGAAGCUGCUGUCCUGUAAUGAAUUGGGAAUUGUCUUUUGUGCAAAACUGAGGCUCUGCCAAACAUUGGUCUGCCGACUAACUAUUCUGGCUAAUCAAAACUCUGCCCAAAUACAGUAAUUAUCUGCUUCACUUGUUCAAAAUGCUUAAAAGCAUUAUUGUUUUGCUAAUCAGGACAGUCUGUGAAUUUUUUUUCAAAAUGUUCCUGGCCUGCUGGCCAAUCUUUUUGAUAUUGAUGCCAGUCUCUUAGCCAAUCUGAUUUUCACUUAUUUCCACCUUAUUUCCCCACCUUAAAAGAAAAGUUUCUUGUCUCCAAUAAUUUGUUGCAGAGUGCUGUGCAAGCAUGUUUUUUCCACCCUUCAGGUCAGGUCAGAAAGCAGAAAUAUAAUUAUGAAGCAUUUCUAGUUUACAUAACUAGCUGGGCCUUCCGCUGUUGUGAAAAUGGAAAGCAGAAGCUGGAGGCAGCUAUCUUGAAUGCAUGGGUUGAAUUAGAUUCUAGCAAGCAUGAUGUUUCCUUCCUGCAGGCCUUCACAGCCCACCAGCCUGAAUCCAGGUCUUUCUGCAGCAGAGUGUGUCUGACAGGUAUUUGACAGACAGCCUUGGUAGGCUACUGAGACAGGGUGGGGUGGGUUUACUGAGUUUCUGGUGGACUGCAUUGACUUGGUUUGCAGGCCAUUCUGUGCCUUCUAGGAUCAUUUUUCCACCACCCUCUCCCUUGCCCUCCUUGCCUAUUUCUAGUUUUAAAAUGUGCCUGUAAUCAUUCUUUCUAGGCAAGCUUUUGAGAGAAGAAAGGAAACAGUCCUUAUUUUGUUAGGAAUUUUUUGUGAGAUUAUAGAGGGAUUUGUUUCUCAUGGUGAUUUCUCAAAGGCCAUUCAUUGCCUUUUGCCUCAGGAAUGUGGCUAAAAAUGCUACAGGCUAAUUUUUUAAGCUAACACGAAGGAAGAUCAGUGUAAUACUCUUGAUUGCCUUUUACAAUAAUUCCUCUUUAUUGUGCCUUUUUUAUGAAAGCAUUUUGUAUUAUUGCUGUUUCCGGCUUCAUGAUUUAUCAUGUGCCUUUUCUUGGAGUCGAGCACCACUUUUGUUAGCUGCUUUUAAACUGCAGGUGUCCACUGAAAGAAUUUCAGAGCUGGAGCAGAACGUGCUUGUUGGCUACCUGCCAUUCUUUGGAGGGAAAUGAGUCAUGGGACUUAAAGGAAUGGCAGAAACCUGAGAGUGAAGUUGUUGUAACACACGAUAAUAUGGUUGAUUAUUCCCCCUUUUGUUUGAGGAGGAAUUUAGACUGAGGAAGGAAUAAUUGGUAUCCCAGGAGCUCAAUCCAAUCAUCUCAUGUGGCCCCAAACACUGCUUGUAGCCUAGUGGUUCCCAAGCAUUUUAUUUUUUUUGGAAGAAGGUUGGAAGAAAUUUAAAGACUAUUUACAGAAAUAUUGUAAAAUUAAUGAAUGUUAGAAUGAUGUCAGAAUGAAGUUAAGUGGUUUAAGCAGCAAUGUUAUAAAGGUGUAUGUAAAAAUGGAUUAUUAACAGGUGAGAAUCCAAAGUUAUAAUAUAUUAAGUUAAAGGAUUAAGAUAAAAACAAAGAGGGAAAGAAAUUGCUGAAUUAACUAACUGAAUUGGAAUACAAAAAAGGGAGGUGCGAGGAGGUCAGGGAAGCAAGGAAAUGAAUGUAAGGUGGAAAGAUUGAUGUGUUUUGGUUUUUUUAAGAGUUUUUUUCUGUAUUUUGUAUUUUUAUUUUAUUCUUAUUUCUGUCCUUUUUUCUUUUUUUAAUUUAUGUAAUUUUUUUUUCUUUGAAACUUUAAUAAAUAUCAUUUAUAAAAAAAAAGUUCCCAACCAUUUUAGGGCCUCCACCCCCCCCCCCCCCCCGUUUCCAUAAACUCAUCCCAGUGCCCCCUACCCUAUAAAAACAUUAUUUAGUAUAACAGACGGCAUAAUGCUAAAUACCAUAUUCAAAGACGUAUUGUCCUUGCAGUGUAGGAUGGGUCAAGACCAUUGCACAUGUCUUGUUCUACUGUCCCUUUUAUGCAGUAAUCCGCCACAAAUGUUUGAGCCCCCUGCUGAAGGAGAGGUAAAUUGUUCUGACUCCUACAGGGUUUCCUUUUUAUUGAAUAGCUGCCGGCAUGAUCAUAUGGAGGAAGUAGCAGAAUAUCUGAGCAACGCCAUGAAACAGGGGUCAGCAAACUUUUUCAGCAGGGGGCCAGUCCACUGUCCCUCAGACCUUGUGGGAGGGGGGCAGGGUGGACUAUAUUUUGAAAAAAAAUUUUUUGAACGAAUUCCUAUGCCCCACAAAUAACUCAGAGAUGCAUUUUAAAUAAAAGCACACAUUCUAUUCAUGUAAAAACACCAAGCAGGCCCCACAAAUAACCCAGAGAUGCAUUUUAAAUAAAAGGACACAUUCUACUCAUGUAAAAACAUGCUGAUUCCCAGACCAUCCGCAGGCCGGAUUCAGAAGGCGAUUGGGCCGGAUCUGGCCCCUGUCCCUUAGUUUGCCUACCCAUGCCAUGAAACUACGUUGUCAUAAGACCUGAGUGGUACUUUUUAACCUUACUAGGCCUGUAUAGUUUUAUCUUAAACUUAAAGCAUUUCCUCCUGUGAACAGAUGCCAAUUUUAUGUUUCGAUUCAUAUAUUCCAGUCUUCUCUGUAUGCCCAUAAAGGUUGAUUGAUUGAUUGAACAUAACAGUUUAUGUUAACCACUAAGGAAGAAAAUAACACAAUAAAAUUCAAAACGGCAAUGAUUAGUUGCACAUUUAAUUCAAAAUCCAAUUAAAACUAUUUAUUUUAAUUCAGCAAAAUGGAUUGAUCCAGUGAUACCAGCUUUUCAAGGUCUGAUAGUCAUUUACACCUCUAGCACCCCCUUGCCUCAUAGCACCCCACUGUGUAAUCUCACUGCCCCCCAGGGGGCGGUACCGCCCACUUUGAGGACCCCUGAUCUAUCCCCGGGUUUUUCCACUUCCUCUGUCCCUCAACUGUUCAUGCAAAGGCAAAAUGCUCUUUAACUUGCCCACCCAAUGUGCAUGCAGCCGCCACCAGUCUGCCUCUGUUUUGCUUCUCUGGAGAGGAAGGAACUGAAGUGCCCUUUGUGUCUCAACUUAUAUAGAAGUGAGCUAAAGGAGAGAGCCACUGUUAUUGUCCCCAGGUCCUUUAAAAGUGGACUCUCUUAACAGUUCAUUUGCUCCCCAUGCAACUAACAUACUGAAAGCCUGGUCUUCCCAGUCUUUCAUUUCUCUCUUGCUCCCUUUACUUUCACAGCAAUAUAUACUUCCAAACAGCCUUAUGCUAUAGGAAGAUGAUUUCCCCAAAUCUGUUCCAUGUGCCACCUGCCUUAUCAUUGGCUCAUAGAAUGGUAGCAUCUCAAUUUCCAAAAAGCCACUUGUAUGUUCUGUAUCUCCUGUAUUGCUUUAUGACUUUUAACACACAGCCCAUGCUCUCAGUAUUUUAGAUGAAUGUUAGCCUCAUAUUAAAACACAUAUUAAGUGUUUUAACUUCAGUGGGUCUAAAGUGGAAGCAUUAUUGCACAGAAGUCGGAUAGUAAAGGGAGUUGGUUAAAUCACUCAUGCAAAAAACAAGAUGUAAGAGACUGUGUAAAGUGAGUUGUCAACAGAGGCAAACAUCUCUGGACAUUUUGCAAGUCGUGUCCCUUUAUAGAAAAGGGUUUUGGAGUAGCCUAAAAAUGAGUAUGUGAACUUAAAGUACAUACCCAAGAAUAAUAACUGCCGAUGGAUGGAGCACUGGUUUGUUUUUGGAACAUCUUUGGACAUUUUGAUUGUUUAAAUCUGAGUUUGCGUAGUUAUUUUGUGUGUGAAUUAAAUCAUCCUUGUUCAUUUAUCAGAGGCAGUCUUUACACUGUUUUAAUUUUAUUAACCCCAGUUUCAGACUGAAAUUUGAUCUGCGUUCACAUCUGUACUUUUGAUUAGAUCCAUUUUUUAAAUUGUGACCAGCUUUAAGUUGUCAUAAUGUGGGUGUUUGUGUGUGCUUUUUUGAAAGGUUUACCUACAACCAAGUGCGUAGGCAAGGUUUUUUGUUGUUGUUUUGCCUUUGUUUAUUUAUGUAAAUAGCACCAUCACUCAGUAGGUUUGGUGCUUCAGACUAUGGUGUCAGAUGGUGGGACAGGGACCUUUGCAGUUUAUCAUCUGAAAUUCCUCAGUGGGGAGGCAAUAGAGCAGCGUUCCCCAGUCUGGUACCCUCCAGCUGUUUUGGAUUACAGCUGCCAUCAGCCCUGACAUCCUAUGACUGUGCUGGCUGGGGCUCAUGUGAGUUGGUACCAGGAGGGUACCAGGUUGAUGAAGGGUGCAGUGGAAGGUGGGAGUAUGGCUAGAAGGGAACAAAUAUAUGCAGUUUGAAACUCAGGGUUAGUUUCAGUAGGCAGGGGAUGAAGAGUAAGUGGUAAAACCUCAUUUUGAGUUUUAAGGAAGAACUGGGGCAGGUUGGCAUCAUCAGCCUUGAAAAGGGCUCAAUAUCUAUUUCAAGAUUCCUGUCACCAGAAUCAAAUAGGCUUGAGGGAUUUUUCUGUUAUGUUGUGAAGGGGGGAAAGACUGCGGCUGACUGUCUUCUUUAGGGCAUCCUUGGACAUUGGUUGAAAUUCUCAAUGUAAUUAACUUGUCAUAAAACCUGGAUUCUCAGUGAGGUUUAUACACUGCAGCAAAUGUCUUGUGGAACUGUAUUGCAAAUUUUUUACUGGUGUUUCAUUUCUUUAUUUCUAGGUGUCAUAGAAGCACAUGUUACUUACAGGACCUCAUGCUCCGUUGUGAACUCCUGUGAUGCUCUUCUGACUCCCUGAGGUGCCCUAGUUUUUAAUUGAAAACCCUGUCCCCGUACUAAUAACUUAGUGACUACGUGAAUUUUAGAGCAUUGUGGGAAACAAUGGGAAUUGGCAAGAACACCACGUCUAAGUCAGUUGAAACUGGAAGUCCAACAGAGGGCAAAUAUGAGGAUGAAUCCAAGCAUUCUGCUUUCUUCACACUACCAGUAAGUUGCAUACUCCAAAAAGUUGCCUUGCUUCCCUGUGGUGGCACAAUGUAAUCACAAGCUUGGCCAUGAUAUCUGCUUCUGCUUCACUCAUCGUUCUCAGCCAGGUAUUUCUAGGGACUGAUUCUCCAAAGUGUGCCCCAUGAGGUCCAGUUAAAAACUCCCAUUGUGUGGAAAAUGCAUUUUACAAUAGCACAACUUUGAAAAUAGCAGUGGUGACUUGUGAUAUGCCUUUCACAGAAAGCUUUACUGAUCUUUAUUUCUGGAGUAGAAGUUGGUUGUAAAAGUCAUCUUUGUUGUAAAAGCCAUCUUGCUAAUCUGAAUCUUCAGAAAGAAAGAGCUCUGAAUGUAUUUUUAGUAUGGAGAGGCGACUAAGAAAAAAUAGUUCCAUGGUUUAGAAAUUAAUUUUAGGGCUCUGUAUGAAUGACUUUGUUCAGAAUGCAGGUACAAAUGUUGUGUACACUGACUAGAUUGCUCAAGCAAUCAGACUCUUACCUCUUUGAGUACAGUUGACUAGAUAGGCUUUGAACUAUUGCAUGCAAAUGCUGAUGAUGAUUAUGACAAUUUAGCCACAGGUUACCAAACCAUUUUCAAGUAACGCAAUUCAUCAUUUGAUGAUAGCUUGACAUUGGUUCAUUGCAACAUGGAAACAUGAACUUGCUGACCAUGGUUAUUUGUUAGUCUAAUUGUCAUUUCCAGUCUUUGAAUAGUGUAUUGAGGGGUUGUUCCACCUCUGUUCUGCCCUGUGUAAGACUGGACCAGAGGGUUUCUAGUCUGCUGUUACAGUCACUGUUUCCAUACCAAUGCUGUUUGUAUUAAGUCACAAGGGCUGAUGUCUUUCUAAUGUGUACAUUUUGUUUCCUGUUGUGGCAUAAUGUGUAUAUCUCUUUAAAUUGAUAAAAUACUGUUGACGGGUCCUGUGCUUAUUCUGCAGUAUUCCUGUUCUGUCUAGUACUGUGCCAAGUCUUUCAAUAGCUCCCCCAUCCGCGGUUAAGGGAGGGGAGUAAACCCAAACACGCCCUAAAAAUCAGUGAGGUGAAAAUGAAGUUCAGAUAAUAUUUUGUCUGGUUUUGGGCCGGUGGGGAUAGGACAGUGCUUAUCUUCUUUUCCUUUAUGAAAUGGCCAAAGGCCUUCAAAGAAAAAUAAACAUUGCACAAGUCAAAGUGCUGGGCACACUUGCUGCAGCACCAGCAGCCAGCUCUCUCUGUCUCUUCCAGCCAGCCUCCCUUCCUAGGAGGCUCAUGUGACUUCAUGACAUGAAGAGAGCUGCAUGCUGCAGCAGCAAGUGGUUACAGUGCUUUUACCUGCACUUUUUUUGCUUGUACAUCAGCUGACUCAAGCUGAUGAGAGUUGGCUCUCGAUGAAUUCAGUACGUUGAAAAUGUUGCGCUCUUCAUUGAGAAUAAUAAUUCCUGCGCUUGCCCUAGAGCAGUGUCUUUCGACCUUUUUUGGGCAAAGGCACACUUGUUUCACGAAAAAAAUCACGAGGCACACCACCAUUAGAAAAUGUUAAAAACUCUGUGCCUAUAUUGACUAUGUAUAAAGUAAUUCUCUUGAAUAGGAAUCAAAUAAACACAAAGAAAGUAUUUUAUAAUUACUUUAUUAUGAAAUAGUAAGUAAACAGAAAUAUGAAAAAUUAUAAAAUACUUUAUUCAGUGCGCAACCUGGGCCUGUUUGGCUGAACACAAAGCUGAUAUUCUGGCUGGAAUCGAAGAAAGACACACACGUAGCUCUUCGUCAACAGCUCUCAGUCUCUCUCUGUAUUUAGUUUUUAUAGCAAUCAUGCUUGAAAAGCUCAUCUCACACAGAUAUGUAGUGGAAAAUGGGAGCAAUGUCAAAAUAGCGUUGUUUGCCAGAAGGGGAACUCCUUGGCAGUAUCCAACCAAAAACUGUCCAAAGGUAGAUCAGCAAAUCUUAGCUUGAAACCACGAUUUUGUCUCAGUUCAGUUAGUUCCUCCUGCUCCUGUAAAGUCAUGUCCUUUCCACCAACUGAUGCUGAGCUAUAAGGGUCCCUAACCCAGUCAAGGCAUUCAGUGGAGACUGAAGAGAAAUAAAAUGACAACUUCUCCGGUCCUCCUGGUGACUCGAGUCGCGACGUCUUCUUCUCUCCGCUGCUGCGCACACUGUGCUCGGGUGGGAAGGAAGUCGGAAGAUGAUGUCCUACUGUGAUAGGUCCAGGCUGGAGUCUGGACCAAUCACAGCCCGGACAUCAGAAAAGUGGAGGGUGUCCCCCUGAGGAGCGCCAAUCGGCGCCCCUGCUGGCCGAGGGUGGGGUCAAAAACCCCACCCCCCCAUACCCAGGACACAGUCUGGCGCCCGCCUAGUGGGCGAAAAUGUGAAUUUUUUUAAAAAAAAAUCUUUCGAAUUUUUCAAUUUUUCCCACGGCACACCAGGCAACAUCUCGCGGCACACUAGUGUGCCGCGGAACAGUGGUUGAAAAACACUGCCCUAGAGGAUACAUUUAUUUGAAAAUCUGUAGCAACUAUUUUUAUAUAUUAAUUCCUUUUUCUUUUUCAUAGGUUGUAAUGAAUGGUGGAGCUACAUCAAGUGGCGAUCAAGAUACGGAAGAUACAGAGCUUAUGGCAAUCUAUACAACUGAAAAUGGAAUUGCUGAAAAGGUAUCUUUCUGGAGUAGAUUCUAAGAUUGGCUCUGGUGCAGCCAAAGUAACUCACUUGCUCAGCUCGGGAUGCUUCACACACGCUGAGGUGAUCUCCAGGUGAUCACUUGGAGUAUUUUUGGAGGGAAGCCAUGGGAAGGUAACUCAGUGACUGCCAGGAGGAGAGCUUGAGUGCUGGUAGUGUGUGGAGAUGAUGGGAAAUUGCCUGGAGAAUCAAGGUGGAGGCUGUAAUGGUGUUUUAAGGUUACAGAAAUUUAUCUGUUUGUUCAUAACCUUCAUGUAUCUUCUCUGGCUUGUGGCAGGCAGCAUAGCUGGGAAAAAGUUCACCGCUACCACUAACUCAGAAUGAAAGAUAAAGUUUGGAGCAGCAUUGUUGCAUAUUCUAGGUCGAUCAUGAUGAACAAUAAAUCUGAUUCAUGAAAUCCUGUUUAUUGCAUAAUUCUUAUUACCAUGUGAUGGUUGGUUGUAUGGCACAGUCUUCCAAACAUUUACAGACAGUGCUUUUCCCAUCUCACUAACAAUAUCUAUCAGUGGAAGGUAUGGUUUCUCAAGGGACACACCCUGGAUUCAGUAAUCAGUAUCCUGACAAGCAGUUAUGAAGAGACCUUGACAAUCCUGUGGAAGCUCUUCACUCUUCUCUUGUUCUCCUCAGUUUGACAUUUCUACUAAUUUUGCUUGUUCUUUGUCCUUGUGGUUCCCUGACAUUAUCCAUGUCUUUUGUUAAGACUUCAAGGCAAUGUCUUUAGAUAACAGUAAAACCCAUAAAUUCUGCUCACAAAAUUAAUUAAGCAGCUUGUGUAGUCUACCAAAGAAAUUUACUUUGCCGUAUUCAGGUUUUUGCAGACUGGAAAAUAUUUCAGCAAGACAGGGAAAUAUAAAAAACAAGGAAGCAAGUUUCAUUUCACAGAACUCCCCCCCCCCCCCGAACCUUAAUAAAUUGAUUUUUUGCCAUCACACACUUCCCUCUGUGCAAUUCCUUGUUGCAAUAUUUAAAAUGAGAGGUAAGAUUAUCUGGUUUCCCUCAAGGCCUGCUGGAUUCAUAAAGAAUCUUUUGGAACUACAUUUAAAAGGAAAAAAUAAGCUGAGAAUCAGCUUUCUUUAUUCUAUAUAAAGACAGUAUUAGAUGGGGGAGUUUCAGCAUCACGUUCCCACCCCCUUUGCUUUUUAAAGAGUUUAUAAAUGCUUUGAAAUUUGCAGUUUGAGUUAGAGAAAAGAUACAGGAUGGAAAAAAUGGGGGUGGGACAUUAUCACUGAUUAAGGUAAAGGUAAAGGUACCCCUGCCCGUACGGGCCAGUCUUGACAGACUCUAGGGUUGUGCGCUCAUCUCACUCUAGAGGCCGGGAGCCAGCGCUGUCCGCAGACACUUCCGGGUCACGUGGCCAGCGUGACAAGCUGCAUCUGGCGAGCCAGCGCAGCACACGGAACGCCGUUUACCUUCCCGCUAGUAAGCGGUCCCUAUUUAUCUACUUGCACCCGGGGGUGCUUUCAAACUGCUAGGUUGGCAGGCGCUGGUUAUUAUCACUGAUUACCUUUUAACUAAUUUAAUUUCCCUUAUUUUCUAUCCUUCCAUAAUUUAGAUGAAGUGUUAAAGACAGGUUUCUUUGAUUAAGGGAACACUGAUAAUUCUUAGAGUGAAAGCAUCUUUUGGAAAGACUGUACUUGAAAACUUUCAUGUUUUGGGCCUUCAUAAUUUACCAGUGGAUUUUAGGACCGUACAUCAUUUCCCUCAUUUAUGUGGGCUGAAGUAGAUGUUUUGAUAAUCAGUUUAACUAUAGCUGCAGUUGUCUUGUUGCACAAACCUCCUUUUUCCAGGGUCCAGCUAUAAACACUGAGCUUAUUCAAGAAGGCAAAAUGACUGAGCGUUUCUGUUUUUAAUGCCACCUUUGUUUCAGAGAUUAAUGUUGGCAGCCAGGGAGAUGCAAGGGGAACGGUGCCAAAGUUGGACCACCUAGACUUCCAGGAUUGUGGGUGGUGGCAAUCAUAAGGGGAUUAGGCAACUGCAGCAUGUGUAACUAAGAGGAUAAAGUUAUACAACUGGGUUACUGGACUCCGGAUUCCAAGACACAUAUUUUGACUAUCUGAUAUCGGUUAAGUAAUAUAUUUGCUUGGUCUUCAGUCUGACUCGUAGGACAGAAGCAGCACAUCUGCUGAUACUGCAGCUGCUACCUUAAUGCUGGGUCUGCUGCCUUUGUGAUAGAUUUAUGUUAUCAUUCUUAUUUUGAACAAAGGUCUCCCACAUCCUAUCACUCAUCAGCUCUUCCUACACAAGCCUGCUUGUUCCCUGUGAUGUGAGGAAGAGUAGGAAACUCCUGCAUUUUUCAUGCAGGAAAUAUCCAGUUUUAGAAAGGCAUUGUUUUCAUAAAAUUAAUUAGCAGGCUUAUGUAUUACAAGUAAGAUUGGGCAACAGCAAUGGGUACAGUGCUAGUCAGACUGAAAAAUCAAAGCUGUAACUCUUUUUUUCUUCAAGUGUCUCUACGGAACUGAUAUUUACACGCACGCCUCAUUAGAAUCUGAUACUUAGUUUUUAAAAAUCGCUUAAUAUCUAAACUGACACUAUUAAACGGUCAUGCCUUAAAAUAUUUACAUGUUUUCCAGUAAAACAGUUUCCAACAAUUUAGUUCAGUUACUUUUGGCAACCGGGAGUGGGGGCGUGGCGGGUCUCAGCAAAUGUGGGGGUCACAGAAAAGCUGUAGAAACCCGUCUUCAUAAUGUUUUUAUGUAGCAUAACUAACACUGUUUUGCUUCUGUACAACUGCUUGCUAAAUUAAUGCUCUUUGCUUCUAAUUCAGAUAUUUCUACAACAGAUAAAAUUAACACAUCACUCUAAGUUUCAUUGACUUUAAUGUUUAAACUUUGUUUACGUAAAAAAAAAAAAAGGUUUCGUCAAGCAUGCUAACUUGGAUCUCCAUUGGUUUUAGACAAGUGGAAAAUGUUCUUGAAAAUGGUUUAGAAAACGCAUGUCAUUAGCCUGUUACGCACAGAGUUUGUUUAACAAAGCACAAAGCACCUAUGAGUUGUCCCACAGAUGAUCAAACAUGGCUUGCUUUUCAAAAGUUUUUGUUUUUUCAUCUGCUCUUUGUAUCUUGGUUACCAUCUGAGGUGCAAAGAAACCAUGGUGAAGGAAGGGCGAUGGGUUUGCAUGUAACACAAAACCUUAUAUGAAAGCACACCAAGGUUUCUGAGCCAACAACAAACCCUGGCUUUAGACCAAACAUAAUAAAGUUAAGCCACUGGGUAGAGUUUGGACAGUUAUGUGCAAACCAAGCCACUUUUGUGCUCCCAUCUUCAGCAGAGCUCCUGAUACAGCCAUAGGUUAGGAUCCUAAAAUCUUAAGCAAGUUCACAGAAGGGAAGUUUGACAUCUUGCCCUCCUCCCUGAAAAGCCUUGGGCAGGUGGGGAGCAUGUUGGAGGACCAGCCUGAAUUAUAUGGAUGAGGUGUGGGGACUGCAAGAGAGAGAUGGGGAUAGAAAACCUUCCCUGUGUUACCUUAGGAGCCACGUCUGAUUUUGUUUGAUUUCUUCCCCUCCCCCAGUAGCCUUCCUUCAUCCCAUGUUGUUCAUGGGGAGUGCUAGACCUUCUAGGGAAGCACUGGGGGAAGCUUGGAGGGGGUGGUAGGAAAUGUACUUUUGCUAAUUUUCUUACCUUUUCUUAGGACCUAAGAUAUUGUCCUCGGAAUGAGAAUCAGAACUCCCGAAAUGAUUUUCUUUUGGGGAGGGGGCUUGAGUUCUUCCUCCUGCCAUGUUUCAACCGAAAUGUGCAUCCUGGGUGGGCUGUAAGACAGACUGCAAAGGUUCUGUGCUCCUUUACACUGAAUUGGUAAAUAGUGCUCUAGGCCUCCUGGAAUUCUUGCUUCUCAAAUCCUUCCUGAGGAAGCUUUAAGUUAUGGGGUGUGUAUGGUCUUGAUCCCCUCUUCCUUUAGUUUUCCUGAUUAUUCAGCACUGAAGACAUGUUUGCUGGAGACUGAGCUAGAGCUUCUCUUGAAAGUGUUUUUGAGCCAUGUGUUGGGAUGAGCCAAGCUUCUUUCUGUCUUCUUCCUACUGCUCCCUUAGAAGGGUGUAGCCUUGAAAUAUAUUCUGUAUUAUCAUAAGUUUAACUGUAGAGCCGUUUCCAAAUACAAUAAAUGUACAUCCCUUUUGGAAUGAGGCUCUUCUGUCAUCACACAACCCCAAAUUCUGCUUUGUUUGUUUGAUCUUUGGCAAGUUGGAACAGCUUCCAUCAGGUCUAUGACGUCCCACUCAUGGAUGUUUGCCUUCAACCACACCUCUCUUCUUCUCUACACACAAAAGGAGUCCCGUGAGAAGGCAUGGUAGUUGAAAGACGUUAAGAACAUAGGCCUUCUGCACCCUCCUCUCUUACUACCAGUCUCGCUGUCAGUGACUGUGUCCCAGGAGAGGGAGAAUGGGAGAACCUCCCUGUAGGCAGGAGCUCUGUGAGGAGUGUUCCACAGAUCUGACAAGAUUGCCUGCUCCCUGCCACAUGCAGCUUUGAGAAAUCUGGCAUUAGUACAACUAGGUGUAACUAUCCUGCAUAACAAGCCGUUUUCCUUCAUUGGCAUCUCAUUCAGUUCAGCUGAUGUCAGCCAUGCUGUGCUCAGGGUUGAGUUGUCAUGGUUGAAAUCACAACCACAGGGAGAACUUAAAGUUCCCGUCAAAACAAAACAAAGGAACUCUCCAUUGCCUUUUACAGAAGUAUGUGUUUUGUUAUUAAAUCGGCACUGGAGUGGAAAUAAAAAUUCAUCUGCUGCUGUAGUUUCAAUUAUUCUCUCUCAUACUAAACAGAACAUUGACGAGUAAAUGGGUUUGGUUUUGGGCAGUGCUUUUUUUCUGGUUGGACACAGGGGUUCGCAUAACCCUAAGCAUUUUGUGAACCCAAGUUUGGCCUUAUUGAGGGGCAGUUUUUCAAUAUGAGUAGGAAAAUGAGAGUACCCCUAAACAUUUUUUUUUAGAAAAAAAGGAUUGGUUUUGGGUCUCCUGUUCAACAACCAAAUAUAAAUAAUCAGCCAAAUAUGGAUUCAAGUCAGCAUGGUAGUUAUACAAGCCCUUCUUUCCACUGAGAUUGGUAAAUUGAAAACAUCCUCUUGGGUGUGGCCAAUAAAAAGUAUCUCUUAACAAAUAUUUUAAAUGACUUCUGUGGAUAGAGCUAGGCCAGUGGUUCCCAAACAUUUUUUGGGCCACCGCCCCCUUGGUUCCAUAAAUUCAUCUCCAGUGCCUGAUACCCUAUAAAAAGCAUUAUUUAGAAGGGCGGUUUGCACAACCCAAUAAGGAAGAGAAAAACACAGUGAAAUUCAAAACAGUAACAACCAGUUGUUCAUUUAUUCAAAAUCCAAUUUAAACUGUUUACUGUAUUUACUGUAAUUAAUUCAACAAAACUGAUGAACUUGAUCCAGUGUGGCCAGUCUGAUAGUCGUUUGCACUUCUGGCACCCUUCUGCCUCUUAGUAGCCCCUCAGUGAUCCCACUGGCCCCCAAGGGAUGCUACUACCCUCUUUGGGAACCACUGAUGUAAGCUGAACAACCACUUCAGACCGUUUAGACCCUUUUAUGCAGGGGUCAGCAAACUUUUUCAGCAGGCGGCCGGUCCACUGUCCCUCAGACCUUGUGGGGGCCGGACUAUAUUUUGAAAAGGGGGGGAAAAGGAGCAAAUUCCUAUGCCCCACAAAUAACCCAGAGAUGCAUUUUAAAUAAAAGCAUACAUUCUGCUCAUGAAAAAACACCAGGCAGGCCUCAUAAAUAACCCAGAGAUUCAUUUUAAAUAAAAGGACACAUUCUGCUCAUGUAAAAACACGCUGAUUCCCGGACUGUCUGUGGGCCGGAUUGAGGAGGCGAUUGGGCUGGAUCCGGCCCCCGGGCCUUAGUUUGCCUACCCAUGCCUUUAUUCCUAAUCUGAUGCCUAUGUUUUAGUUUGUGUGUUUAGUUUCACUGUAUAUAGUUUAGCUUCACUGUAUUUGUCUAUUUGCUGAAUUGGGGGAAGGGCAGGAUAUAAAUCGAAUAAAUAAAUGCCUAAAUCUGUUCCUUCCUCUGUCCUCCUCUGUCUGCUCUCUGUGGUUGUGGGCCAUUGCCCAUGUGGCUCACAUUAGUGAUCCACCAGCAAAAGACCAAGAUUCUACAGCACAGGUUGUGGCUGUCUACUGUAAUUAUUUACCCUGCAUUGGAAUAAGAAGAGCAGCUAGCAAUGAGGGGGUGAAUCAGAAACGUGUCAUGAGUAAACCUGACGAUAUCAUCAGUGUUGCUGAUUUUUCACAUUUUUGCUUACUAUUCAUAGAAACAUUGUAGUUGCCAGAAUUACAAGGGAGCCAACUCAGCGCUCUUGGCUUUCCAAAUUAUUGCUAUGAAAUAUGAAAGACUUCAGUGAAUGCUUGAAAAAUAUUGGACAAUGUAUGGCCUUGAUACUUACAAUUACAGAAAGACCAGCAUAUUUGGCUUCUUCUCAGUGUCUUAAUGUUUGAUCCUUGAGCAGUUUUUACCAUGAUGCUUUCAAAUGUUGUGGAGUCUAGAAACUUUAUUUUUAUGCUGGAUUUUUUUCACAUUGGGCCUAUAAAGGGAACCAUUGUUUUAUCUCCUGCUCUAGUAAGUGUGGUCAAACUUUUCAUCCUGUUGUGUCUUGCCUAAAUUCUAAUGCAACCCUGAUUUGAGUCUAACUCACUGAAAAUUCAGCUAUGUGUACUGAAAGGAAUACAUCCAUUGUAGUAAGUAGUAUUUGUACCAUGAAUUGUGAAAUCUUGGUCUCUUAUGCAAGGUUUGCCAUUAUUACUAUAUUUAUUCUUAAACGCCCCUUUCCUGAUGAUAUGUGAUUUGGUGUUCCUCAUGCUCUAUUUGUUUGUGUAAUCCAAUUGGCCAUCAUAAUCUUUUUGGCGUAAUGUGCCAUGGUUAUAUUACAAGAAGGGUAUAAUGCCCUCCUUGUAGGCAAAGGGAAGAGGUUGCUUAUAUGAAAGGGUGUGUGUGUGUGUGUACAUAUCUCUUGCAUACUAGGUGCAACAGAUUACUUGAAAGCUAAAAGAUCUUGCUUUUUAAGUGUGUGUAUUGAUGCUGCUUUGAAACAGGGCACAGAUCUUGUCAAAUGUGCUCUCGUAACCAUGUUGCAUAUUGAACUGGUGCAUUCUUCUAUAAUACUUAAUUACUAAUUAUUUGUUUCCACUGCUUGAUCUGUUUUUAACAGAGUUCACUGGCGGAGACACUAGAUAGCAGCGGAAGCUUGGACGCCCAAAGAACGGACAUGAUAUACACAAUUGAAGAUGUUCCUCCCUGGUACCUCUGCAUAUUCUUGGGAUUACAGGUACAUAUUGUGAGAAAAAUAUGGUGCUCUCCUUAUUCCUACUGUGCUAUAUUUAAUAUUUUAAGUAUUAUUCAGCAGGGAAAAAAGCUUUAACUAAUGCAGGCAAGCAACACAGGAAUGAAAGAUUUCAAGAACUGAUGUUGGCUUACAGUCAGUUUUCUCUUUGGUCCUAGUUCUCUGAAUUUUAAUUGCUGAAGCUCAGAAGGUGAGAAGCCAGCUCUGCUUUCACAGUACUUCAAUGCAACAGUAGCAUAUUGGUACACUGCAGAGGGCAAAAAUAUUUCUGGAGCCUCUGGAAAUGUUUGUCCUACUGCUUAUAUAGGCAGUUCUUUACCCCAAAGGUCCACAUUGAUUUGCCCCAUUGCUAGGUGCACUUGGCGCAUUAAUUUGGGAAUUCUAAAUACAACCCAUAAUCUUGUACUGCUGUUCUACCAAUGGGUGUUCCUGGGAAUUUUGGUACUGUAGUCUGCACAGCCUUGUAGCCAAAAUGAGGUAUUUUAGAAGCAGAGGUGGCUCCACUAGGGGUCAAAAUGAGGUGGCUACCUCAGGCAGCAGGUCUUAAGAUGUAUUUAAGAGCAUCAAGUAGGAGAGAUACAGACCUGACUAAAGAACAGAACAAGCCCUAUUGAAACAAAUGGAAGCUUUGGAAGGUCAUAGUAAUGCUUUUGCAAAGUUUCCAUUCAAGUCAUUGGGUCUUGUGCAGCAGAACUUCCCAUUGCUCCUGUAGCUUGGGAAAGAAGUGCCAUUUCAUUUGUGUGCUGCAGGGACUAUACUGUCAUCGAUCUGGUCCUGCUGAAGGGAUCCCUGUGUGUGUAGUUCAAGAGAAAAGACCCAAGGAUCCUUUGCCUGCAGUUCUGUUUCCGGUCCUGUGAGGAAAGGUUGAAAGACCAGGGUAGGUGUAGUAGCCUGAAGAAGGAAAGAUAAAGUUGUGGACAUGACAGUAUCUGAAGGACUGUCAUGUAAGGUGGAACAGCUGUGUUAUCUGUUGCUCCAGGGCAGGACUUCCAAGCAGAUUCCGACUAAACCUUAGGAACUGUUUGGCAGUAAUGCAGACUGCUUUGGCAGCUGGUGGACUCUCCUGCACUAGAGGCAUUUAGGCAAAGUCUGGAUGGCUGUCUGUCACUGACUUCUGAAUUGUAGAUCCUGUACUGAUCAGUAGGAUCACUAGGUCCUUUCUAACUGAUAAGCCUGCUGGCCCACAAACUCAAUUUCCCCCAUGCCCAGGAGUUCUGCUCUUGGUAUCAAGGCAUUUCUAAAGAAAAUAUGCUUUCCAGUAUGUUUGUAAAUUUUUUAUUAAACUGUGCUUUUGAGUGCUUCAUUUUUGCAGUGAAGGACCAUGCCCUUUGAAUAUAUAGGAACAUUUGCUAUUUAUUAUGUAGUAAGACUUUGGGAGUUUGUCAAUUUAUAACUUAUACAGCACCGCUAUCCUUAGAGCCAAGUUUCCCAGAAUCUCGCAAUCAGGCAGAAAUGAAGGAUGGAGAUAACAAUUCAUUGAUUAUCCCCAUUACAAUCUUACAUAUAAAUCUUCAAAUUAUGUUCCAGAUCCUGCACUUGGCAGGGAACUGAACUGGAUGACCUCCAAGAUUCUGUCUGACCCAUUCAAUUGUAUGCUUCUAUAUCCUUAAUUUUUUAAAGAAUGACUUCAUACCCUCCAACAUUAUUCUGAUGACAAUAGGGAGGGAACGUCCCAUUCCAUAAUGAUAAUUUUACUAUUUAUACCCCAGACAUCUUAUUGGGUUACCCCAGCACUCUGGGCAGCUUCCAACAUGUACAAAAACGUAAUAAAUCAUUCAACAUUUAAAGAACUUCCCUAUACAGGAUUGCCUUCAGACGGCUUGGGGGUUGGAUAACUCCAUGCCCUCCAACAUUUCUCCAAUGAAAAUAGGGACAUCCUAAGGAAAAGUGGGACGUUCUGGGAUCAAAUCAGAAACCGGGAUGGCAUCUCUAAAUCAGGGACAUCCCUGGAAAAUAGGGGCACUUGGAGAGUCUGAGACUUCCAUAGUUUCUGUGCAGUGGUUCUGCUCCAAGUCAUUAUACAAAAUCAGUCUCUUAGUCUUCAUAGACUGUCAGCAGCUCUCCAGGGUCUUGGACAGUUCCUGUCAAUGCUACCUGAGAUGCCAGCGGCUGAUCCUUCUGCAUACGGAGCAGGCACUUUACAACUGAGCUAUGGCCCCCUCCCCAUUGUUUAUUUACCAUAUCCACACUACAGAAAACAAUACUUUUCAGUAAGGUUUCUUGGUAGUAUAAUAUAUACCUGCUGAUUUUAUUUUACACUGGCAUUUCCUAACCCUUGGCAGGAAUCUAUCCCAAGUGAAGUUCUGCAUCGAGACUUAAUUCCUUAGGGAGUGGUGAUGCUGUGCUCUCCAGAUGGCAUUUAACAACCUAUUGCAUUGUUUGUGGUCUUCUCGCUUCUACUUUGCUUUGUGCUGCAAUGCAGCACCACUUCUGCUUUGGUCUUGCCAGAUGGCGUAUGUCUUCACAGUUGAGUCCUGCUUUUAGAAAUUGCUUAUCCUUAAGCAGGUGUUAAUUGAUGGCUGUUCGGAAGCAAUUUGGAAAUAUAUUGCGCUUUGAAAAACAUGCUCUUUAGCUAAUGGUAAUGGUGUAAACAAACUGAAGGCAAUCAUAUAUCAUGUUUGUAAAUAAAAUAACCCUCUGUAUUUGCAGCAUUACCUGACGUGUUUCAGUGGCACUAUAGCAGUGCCCUUCUUGCUAGCAGAUGCCAUGUGUGUUGGAUUUGACCAGUGGGCUACUAGCCAGCUGAUUGGGACCAUAUUCUUCUGUGUUGGAAUCACAACUUUGCUGCAAACAACGUUUGGGUGCAGGUAAGUUAAGAGGAUGAUAUUUGACUGCCUGUUAACUGUUUAGAGGUACACCUCUCCCUAUCCCAAUCAACUAGUUCAACUUUGGCCAGUGAUUCAAGAAUUAGUGCAGCUUAAAUAAAAAAGUAGGUCAGAAAUAAAUAGCCUGCCUGAGUAUACAUGUUAAUUUAUUAAAACAAUAAUUAGCUAUUGAAACGUUUUUUUAAAAAAGCAUGACUGAUAUUUCAAAUAUCUGAAUCAUGUGAACCUGCCUUAUGCCAAGUGAGAUGGUUGGUCUACUGGUUUUCUCUUAAAAAACUCCGCUAGAGGCCCUUGCCAUCCUUCUGGUCAUUUCCUGAGAGAUGCUACUAACGAUAGAGCAUGGAGCCUUCUGCUUGCAAACAUGGACUUUGCCUCUGAACCAGGGCAAAGGGCCCUCGUCCAGCUGUGUGCAUUUGUGGCACAUUAGCUAUCCAAAAUGGGGACCAAAAGCAACAGCAACUGACCUCUUCUCAGUCGAAAAUUCACUUCUCUGCCUUGCUAACUGGGGGUGAUUCCAGCUCACUGUAAGCAUUGAGGGGAUAAACUAGUUGAUACAAGUAUGGUUGUGGAGAGCAUGCACUGUUUUGUGGGUAGUUUUGCUCUCUGUGCCUUUCCAAAAAUAUAUAUUUAACUCCCACACCCCUCAAAAAUAUCCCUUGUGGUAGCAGGGAAUUCUGCUCCAGUACUUCUUUCUAUAUAUUUAUCCUAAAUGUAACAAAAAUUUAAAAUAAUAUUAACAAUUCAUUGUAUUAGGCUCUUGUUAUCUCCUUCCAUGGCACCUGUUCUUCCAAGUAAUAUCAAGUCUUGGAGUCUUUCCCUCAAAAACAAGGUAUUUGGCAUAAUUUACAUAUGAAAUAGAAUAUUGGGUGGUAAGAUAGCAGCAGCUCAGUAGGAGAGUUCAGUUAUGACUGUUUAAAUAAACAAAGAUGAUUGAAGAGAAUCUUCCCAAAGAAAAACCUCAAGCCCUGGGCAAUACAAUUUCAAGUUUCUUGAAUUAAAGUAGAUACGAUCUAGUUUCAUGUCAAGUGAUCCACAGAAAGAUAUCAGUUGUACCAAUCUAAGGGGGUGGGGGGAGAGACACUUUUUGUCCUUUGUUUUUUCCUGACUUGCUCAGAAUGUUCCUGCUAUUUCUUCCAAGACAUGAUGCUAUAGUUCCCAGAAAGGAAAUCUUGCUCCUCCCUGUGAACUGCCCUGCCCUAUAAUUCUGACAAACCUUAAAAGUAGUUAUUCCCUGAGCAGAGGAAGCCCAAAGGCUAAGGCAACCAUAUGUAGAAAUCUUUCUAAAAAUGAGCACUAGAAGACAGAGCUCUCACUUCUGGUUUUCUCCCUACAAAAAUCAGUGCUAGGCAUGGUUAUUACUGGCACACUGCAUCGUGAUGAAAGCAGACUGGGGAAGUGAGAUGGAGGGAGUGUAAGAAUCUACACCACACAGCUGGUUUCCUAAGCGUGAACAGGAAAUUUGAGAAUGGUACUUCUGUACCAGACUACAGUCCUUUAAUCUUCCCCUUUCUCUUUAAGUCAAACUUUUCUGUAUUUUGCAAGCUCAAAUUCCACUGGUACAAAAAUACUUUAAUGGUUUCUGGCUAUUACUUCUGAUUUUAAGAAUCCAAGUUAUUUACACCAGCAUAGGUUCAUCUAAAAGACUGUUAAACAUCUUCAUUAUUGCUCUUGCCGCCUGGAUGAACUCUAAAUGUGCAUUAGUAGAACAUAAGUGAAUAGAUACAAGAUUGUUUGUACGCUCCAGCCUUUAAAAUAGUCUGUCACAGUAUCUCCAGAUUUUCUCUUAAACCUUUUGGAUUCUCUGUGUACCUCAUUUUUAGAAUGUUUUAUGUUUGUUAAUUAACAAAACGUAUAUACUGUUUGAUUGUAACAAAACCUGUAACAAAGUAGCACUAAUUCCUUCCACCCCACCCCGGUUAUACUUGAAAGUAUUUGCUGCAUGCUAACUGACAGACUUUUGACAAAGGGUUAUUGUGGUUGAACUAUUUGAGAAGCAAGAAAUGCACUUGUUAAGUCUGAUAUGUCUCACAUGUCCUAAAUAAAUUUGCUCAGAAUAAGAAGUCACAGAUUCUGUAAGAUGCUAAAAAGAUCAGUCCUUAAUCACUAUAAAAAGUGAACUCAUGGCUUAAAUGCAAUUUGAUUUAGGUAUGUUUAGACAUGGGCUGAUUCUUAUUUUUACCCCACAGAGAAGAAAGAAACCCUUUCUGGAACUAAAUUCUAAACACUCAGUGAUCUAACUUUUGAAGAAUGUAUUUAAUUGCCUACACUUAAUUAGAGGGCUUUUGAAAGGGUAAUGUGUACGUGAGGGAGAAGAGCAACAACUUUACCAGGGGCAGAGCACAAGAGCCAACAAAAUCCCCAUGAUAUUGAGUCAUUUGCCCAGCGUACCUCUCUGCUGUUACAAAGAAGAGUGUUCAGUUUUUGCUCAUGUUAUAAAUCAGGCGAAUAUUCCUUUGUGUUUCUUCCAGCAUUCACCUUACUUGAUUGAUAUGGAUAGUUGUGUGGGUUGCUGUUAAAAAGCAAAGGCCACGGCUUAUUGCCUGUGCAAAUUUGAGUUGUUUAUGUGCACUUUAUAAAUAAUGAUAUUCUGCCAAAAUAUCUUGUACAAUACAGAUAUUACACUUCACAAAGUUUAAUAUGUUGUCACAGCACCUCUGUGUGGCCAGAAAUACAUUGGGUUGUAUCAACAGUGUCACUCAGAUGGUGGUAAGGCUUCUAUCAGCAGAACGGGAUGGGAAUCUUUUGGCUAUUCCUCUUCCUCCCUUGUAGCUCCCCCCAACCCCCCCCCCCCAUUAUUCUGCUCUAGAACCAGGGGUUCCAUGCCAACUUGAAUAAAAUAUUGUGGGGGCCCAGAUAAGGUAAGGCCCGCCUCGCAUAAUUGAUCACAUAACGCAGUGCACACACAGCCUUUGAAUGGGAAUGCCCAUCAACUUUGCGGGGGCCAAAGCCCCUAUGGCCCCUGGGAGUUGGCUCCUAGGUCUAGAACCUGUUUCUUCCUAGGGCAUGGGGAAGAGAUUUCUAACUUAUCUCACACUGUAAGGACUUGGGUGGGUAGGGACAUUAAAAAUGAAUAGAAUCAUAGAGUUGGAAGGGAUACUAAGGAUCAUUAAUCCAACCCCCCUGCAAUGCAGGGAUAUGCAGCUGUCCCUUACAGGGAUUGAAUAUGCAACCUUCAUGUGAUCAGCACCACAAUGAGCAAUUUUGAAACAAUUAUUGAGACUGCCUUUUAUCUGGAUCUUGGAGCUCAUGUAAAGGAGCCCUGCUGGACCAUCUGGUGCAGUUUUCUCUGACCUCUGAACUAUGCAAAGCCUGAGCAUUUAGGACUUUGAAUUCUACUGCAUAAUCAAUACAAGACUACAGUAUGGGGAAAUUAUUUAUUAAACUGUUCAUGCCACUUUCUAGGAAAAAAAACUCGCAGGAGUGGAUUGUAUUAAAAAAUAUUACUUACUUUUCUCUUUCAUGAGAGAGCUCACUCUAAUAUUGCCAUUUUGCUGAUGGGAUAAUAUAACACUGGCUGUGGCUUGUCAAAAGCCUCCCAAAUAGUCCACAGAUAAGCUGGGAUGUGGACUCCUUCCUCACCCUCAUUUAUCUUAUUGGUAUUUAAGUCAACAUUUUGUGUAAUCUGGUCAAAUGCAUACUAACACAUUCAAGAAGGACUUCUUCUGAUUCUUCUUUUCCUUAGAGAAAAAUCUGCGUGGAAGUUAAGACACUGCACAAAAAGUUUGAGGUAUCUCCUUUUUCUCUUUUUCUUUCUUUCAGGUUACCUCUGUUCCAAGCCAGUGCUUUUGCAUUCUUGGCUCCUGCCAGAGCUAUUCUCUCUUUGGACAAAUGGAGAUGCAACAACACAGGUAAGAAAAAGCAAUUUCCGUCUUAAUCUUUCAGGUAGUUCAGAGUGGGAGAUGAAACAGAGGAAAGUUGUCUCAAUGCAGAUUUAAUCUAGGAGAUCACAUUGUCUAAAGAGUAGAAACCAUAUUGAAUUUUGAAAAUACCCAGACAAAUGCAGCAAAUUCCAUAGCCUCUCCCCAGGGAUUUGCACGCCAAACUGGGCUUCACAUAACCUUUCCAUGUUACUCUAGCAUGCCAGUUUGGGCUUGACUCUAGCAGGUGAGUGAGAAGAGGUCGGUUUCAAGCUGGUUACUUACUAUGUGAAGACUGUCUAACAUGUUUUAGCCAAAGCUUUUGGUAAGGUUUUUGCUGUUCAAGUUGUUGUUGUUGUUACACACACACACACACACACCUCCCAUCUGGCCUGGGUUUCCCCAGCCACUCAAGAGAGGUACCAGAAUUUGUCUCACACUAGUACACAUCACCUUGCCAACAAAGGCCCGUAUAGUCAAAGCUAUGGUUUUCCCAGUAGUGAUGUAUGGAAGUGAGAGCUGGACCAUAAAGAAGGCUGAUCGCCGAAGAAUUGAUGCUUUUGAAUUAUGGUGCUGGAGGAGACUUUUGAGAGUCCCAUAGACUACAAGAAGAUCAAACCUCUCCAUUCUUAAGGAAAUCAGCCCUGAGUGCUCACUGGAAGGACAGAUUCUGAAGCUGAGGCUCCAAUACUUUGGCCACCUCAUGAGAAGAGAAGACUCCCUGGAAAAGACCCUGAUGUUGGGAAAGAUGGAGGGCACAAGGAGAAGGGGCCGACAGAGGACGAGAUGGUGGGACAGUGUUCUUGAAGCUACAAACAUGAGUCUGACCAAACUGCGGGAGGCAGUGGAAGACAGGAGUGCCUGGUGUGCUCUGGUCCAUGGGUUCAUGAAGAGUUGGACACGACUAAACAACAACAGCAACAACAACAAGUACACUCAUUAAACAACUAAAAAAAAAAGUGUGGGCUGCUAGUAGUGAUGGCUGUAUGGAUCCUGCAUCUUCAGGGACUUCAGUGCCUAGAUGCAAUAGUGGGAGAGGAAUGUUGCCUUCAUCUCUGCAUAUGGGCUUCCAGUUGCUGGAAACCACCAGAGGGGAGAUUGCUCUUGUGCUUGAAUCCUCUUGUGCCCAAAUCCUGCUUGCUGGUUUCCCAUGGGCAUCUGGUUGGCCACUGUAAGAACAGGAUGUUGGACUAGAUGGGGCAUUGGCUUGAUCCAGCAGGCUCUUCUUAUGUUACUAAUGUUGAAUUCAAUUGGCUACUAUGGGAAUUGGCAUGGAAUGAUCCAGCAGGGCUCCUCUUAUGAACAUGCAACUCCCUCCCCAUUUGCAUGGGGGAGUUCUGCCCCCACCCUGACUCCUUUCCAGUGCAUGGUCAUAUGCAUGCCAAACGCACACAAUUGGGGAGUUGCCUGUAUUCUUUUAUAUACUUAAGUAUAAUGGUGUAUGUAUGACCUGUUUUACACAGCUGCCUAAAUCUCCUCCUGUGGGUCUUCCCAAGCAAUCUGAAAAUAUGUUGACGUAUCUGUCUCUGCUCUUCUCUCUUCAUGUGUCCUGAACCCCUAGCCACCAGUCCUGCUGGUGUAUACAGUCCCAAGGGCAAAUGUUAGUAGUUCCAGCGGGUCAGGAAACACUGUCCAUGUUCAAUACUGAAAGCCAAGUCCAUAGUUCAACAGUCAGGCGAGGUCUCUGCCUCUGCCUCUGCAGCCGAUCCAAGGGGUUCAGUCCUGUGAAGCUCUUAGGACAACCAAGCUGUGGUCAUUCAACAUGAGAAGUUGAGCAGCACCUCAGCUCUGCUUCUUUUUUAUCCCUUGAAUCUUGAUCGCAGCAUCUGGGCUUGAUAAGGCAGGUGACCCUCACCUGUCCUGAGCCUAACCCACUGACACACCUCCUCCUAGGUCAGCUCUAGUGAGCUGGUCUGGAGGGUCUAGCCUGCCUCAGCCUCCUAGAGACCCAUGUACCUACAGGACCGCCUCUCCUGGUAUGCCCCGUGGAGGACCUUAAGGUCCACAAAUGACAACGUUUUGGAGUUCCCAAGUCGCAAGGUGGGUAGAUUGGUCUCAACUAGGGCCAGGGCCUUUUCAUUACUGGCCCCAACUUAGUGGAAUGCUCUGUCACAAGAAACUAGGGCCCUGCAGGACUUGACAUCUCUUCAGGGCCAAGACAGAGCUGUUCCGCCUGGCCUUUGAUUUGGACUCAGUCUGAUCCUUAUAUUUCCCUCCCCUUAUGGUUUUGAUCUAUGGGCUACUUUUAAAAUGAGGCUGCAAUUUAAAUUGCAUUUUAACCUGUAUUUUAAAUUGGUCCCCCCCCCCAUUAUGUUUUUACUGUAAUUUUACUGGUGUUAGCCGCCCUGAGCCCAGCUCUGGCUGGGGAGGGCAGGGUAUAAACAAUAAUUAUUAUUAUUACUAGAGCAUACAUGGCACUGCUCUCUAUGCCUCAGAGUCUGACAUGUUCGUGGAGAUGGGGGGCCCCUCUGGCUGUGGUGAUGGGUCCUGCUCCUCUGGUUCCUGUGCAGUGACCCUCAUCCGCUCACCAUCCUCUCCCCCCCCCCCCGCGUGUGUUUGUGAAAAGAAGCUAGCCUCAAAAAGUACAGUUUGAACUUGGCUUUUUCUACUAACUAUAGUUGAGCAUAACUGCAGUUUGUCGUGGUCUAGAUGUCACAAACAAGCUGUGGUUUGUCUAAAAAAGAGUAGUAGAACCCAAACUCCACAUGGCCAUGCCAGAGGAGGAGGUAGUGUGUUUCAGUUUGUCCCUUCUAAUGCUAAACCAUUGUUUUUGGUUCCAUGGUUAUGGUAAACCAUUGUUUAUUCAAGCAAACACUAAAGAAUGAGCCUGAUUUCUAUUCUGAAAACCCAUUUUUUUAUUAUUCCUGCCUUGCUUAUACAACAUAUUUAUGGCAUUAUUUGGAGCCACAGUGUCUUGACUACAUUGGCAAGUCUAAGGAAACUAGAACAUGAUAAUUUUUUGUGAUGGUGGGGUGUGUGUGUGUGUGUGUGUGUGUGUGUGUGUGUGUGUGUGUGUGUGUGUGUGUGUGUUCAUUCUCCUACGUAUAUUCUUUCUGACAGGUCUUAACAGGGCAAACAAGUAUAAAAUAGCACAAAGUACUUUUGGAAAUAAUUGGCAUGUUUACAUGACUAGAGGCCAGGGCCAGAUCUGUUACUUAAGACUACAGUGCAGCCAACGCUAAUAUUGCACUUGAUGAGAAACAACUGUCCUAUGAAGAAAGAGAGUAGCAACAGUGUCCACAUUCUUAGCUGAUUGCUUGCCUUUUCUGAAGGGGCUGCAGGUUCUUUUCCUGAGCAUUUGAAAGCAGAAACCAUUUUUGGAAUGGCUAGAGAGACCCUACAAGUCCCAAACUGGAAACUGGUCCAGUGAUUACAUAGGUUUUUGUUUUUCCUUGCUGAAUGUGGCACGGCCCAGCAAGGGAGCAGAAUAGGAAAGCACUCUGCUACAGAUUGACCAAGCCCAGAUGACUCAGGGCAACUUUGCCUUGAAGCACCUUUGGGAAAUAAAAUAUAUGCUGGGUUCCCAGGAAAGCCUAAACAGAUAUCUAAGAAGAUUAAACAGAUAUCUAAGAAGAUUAUGUGGAAUCUUUUUUGAGAUGGUGGCCUAUCAUUAGUUCCAAAGCUUGCAAAGAGUUCUUACCUCAUCUUCCAAACAACAAGCAUUCAUGAAAAGCCAUUAUUGUUCCCAUGUUGCAGUGAGCAAUUAAGGCUGAGAGGUCAGCUCUAUAAGUCCAUGGUUGAACUGAGAUUUGAACUCACUCUACUUGACAUUGCAGGAAGUAGUUUGGCAGUAUGGUAGGAGGUCCUGUGACAUGCGGAGGAGCCAAAGGGAGGGGCAUUUUUACCACCAGUAGUUUAAAAUCUCAAAAAUACAGUGUGUAAUACAUACAUUCACCAAGAUUCAGGGUCCUUAUUCUACAAGAGUGAUUUUUGUGUUGAGUAAAUGUAGUGGAACAAGAAGCACACUUUCAACUGUAUCUGCAGCUGCAAGAGAGGUUGGCAUAUUCACCAAGUUUGGUAAUUCACAAAUAUUCAAUGUGAAUAUGAUAUUUUGGGGUGGGGAGUGUUGCCUCUGUUUCCCUGAUUGACUCGCCUUGCCUGGCUACUGAUUUGCAGCUUCAGGAGACACAUGUCCAUACGCUGCUCAGCUGAAGUCGUAGUUCCUUCAUAGUCCUGCAAAUCCUCUUUUCCAAAUGGAUGGCAAUAAAAAGGCAAACACUUCCAAAUUCUAAAAUAAUAAUCUCAAAACAAGUGUACUAAAUAAUAUGCUUUCAAUUUUGUUUGCACAAUAAUUGUGCUGCUUUGGUUUUCUGGUUACAGAAUCUGUUUUUGUGUAGAAGCUCAGGCCCCGCUGGGCAUCAGUGACACUGAGCAUAUAUUCUUGUGUCCUAAUUGCAGGAUUUUAGGUCAAAUAGCCUGACUGCAGCUCUAAUAGAUCAGGAUGGCUACAUUCUGCAUGCCUCAGGGAAGAGCUACUGUAUGGAAAUUAGGAAUCAUAAAUAUAGAACAUUUUGUUUAUGAAAAGAAUCUUUGUUCUUUCUUCCUUGACCACUUCUAACCUUCAUGAGGCGUCAGACGGGAGCUGCUAUUGCGGUCUAGCCAUCCCAAUUAACAGGCGACAGAUCUGGAGAAAUAAUAUGCAAAAGUCACUUUUUCUGCACUCUGAAUCACCCCUCUGCAGCUCUUAAGUGGACCUUUGCCUCCUUUUGUGCCAACUCUGGUUACUUGUCCAUUCCUAGUUUCAACAGUCUUGAAACUGGCAUUAGAGAUUAGCCCUUGAGGAAUGAAUUCAUCUAGAACACAGCCUAAAUACAGAAUGAAUGAUUUACAAAUUAUGUGAGGGAACAAAUAAACAACGAUGGGGUGGUUUUUAAAAAGCAAAAUAUAUAAAAUGAUGUCCAUAAGAAGUACUGGGGGGUGGGGCAGAUUGGUGGUGGUAGAUUCCGUUCAUUCACUAGAAUGGCCAAACAGUUGGAUUAAAGCUGUAGAAGGAAAUAGGAGGUUCAGCACUGUACUAACCUCAGGAGCAACUCAUAUGAAUGUUGCCUGUGCCAGCCUUUCUAGCCAUGGCCACUCAGAUGCCAAUUGAUCACUGACAAGCAGAUUCUGGAGGUGAUGACUGUGCCUUGGUCUUACUACCCAACACCUGGUAUUUGGGGGUAUCAUGGUUCAGUAUCAAGAGAGCAAGUUGCUAAAGUUCUGCAGUCGUCUUUCUUGGAGAUUUUCAUAGAAAGGUUGGACAGGUUGGGGAUGCCUGAAGCAGACUAUCCUCUUUGUGUUGUAAUUCUGGACUUGGGCACCUUCUUGUUUCAUACAGAAUUUAAUGCUGGGGUGCAUGGAAUCGUUGUGCUUUAUUUUGCCGUAAUGUGAAAUAUUUCUUUUUGCCUUCCUAAGCUGUAAUGAUUACCAAUGGAACAACAGAGCUGCUGCAUACGGAACAUAUCUGGUACCCUAGGAUACGAGAGGUAACUUGCACCAUGUAAUCAGUGCCAUGUCCUCACUUCAGUAGGUUCUUUUCAUCCAGAUGCCCUGCUGCCUUGAACUGUUGAAAUUGUUACCCUUUUUCGUUCUUCUCUUUGCAUGUAACUUUUUCUACACAUUCGUUACAUGCAGGUUUUAAUCUUUUCUGUAUGUUAAUUGUGCCUGCGAAGCCCCCUCCCCCUCCCCAAAACAGCUUGAGGUGCACUAUGGUCUUGAUGGAGACAUGCUCCCACGUCAGGGGAGUCUGGCAUUCUGCAUCUUGUGAUCUGACCAGUCAUAGCCAAAAUAACCAAUUAGCUUCUAACAAAUUACUGGAUUGUCUCUGCUCUGCAAUGAGGAUAAUCCGCAUUUAUUGUGUUUCUGUUUUGGAAAGCCAGGUACAAUUGUAAGGAGUGCCCAGUUUCCCCAAAGCCAUGUGUAGUUUUGCUAUUCGGUUUCUCCUUCUCCUCUAAUGAUCAUUCUUUUGAUGCAAAUAUCCAUAAGAAUCCAGGAGAGUUGUCUCACUACAGGGGAAAAAAAUAGAAUAGACUCCCAGUUCACAUGUGUGUCAUGGAACUUUUCUCCCAUCCCAUUGCUUUGGGCUGCCAGUUAUUCCUCAAUUUAAAAACAUCCCCUCUCUCUUCCCCAUCUUCAAACCGUAGUUCCAUCCUGCCAAGAGGCCUGCAGCCAAGGGGGGGCUGGCAGUCUCCUGAGACCACAGCGCUGCUCUAUGCCAGCUUCUAAAGAGCACGUGUGACCAAAUGCAUCAUACACUCUGCCCCUAGGAGCUAAGAGCAUCACCUCCGUGGCGCCACCAGCCCUUGCCGGUUCGAUCUGAGAGCUUUAAAGGUUAGCUUGGAACCCAGGUCUUCCUGUAUGACAGUGUGAUGUGCUAUGGACACAACGGCCAGGCUGGUCUAAUGACCCCCGUUGUGCAUUGAAAGCAAGCAGUGUGCUUAAGCGGUAAGAGGAAGUGGAUGAAGUUGGGAGCUUUGCUAUUGAUCCGACUUCUGUUGGUACCACAGAACAUACCUCUGACCUUCAGAUAUUCUUUAGCCCAGAAAACGUCUGCUUAAGCACCUAGCUGAAUAACACAUGCCAUUGCCCAGUUCUGCCUAGUCACUGAAUUAUUUGACUUGCAGUUCAUCCACCCAUUGAAAAAAAAAAAACCCCUCAGAAGCAUAGAAUUUCUUUAAAAAUCUAAAUUACUAUUAUUUUUCUCUGUGUUCAGAUCCAAGGCGCUAUUAUUAUGUCAUCUUUGAUAGAAGUGGUGAUUGGGUUCCUGGGCCUGCCAGGAGCGCUCCUGAGAUACAUUGGACCUCUGACGAUUACACCAACUGUGGCUCUCAUUGGGCUUUCUGGCUUCCAGGCCGCUGGAGAAAGAGCAGGCAAACACUGGGGCAUAGCCAUGCUGUGAGUAUCCUUUGCCCCUCAACAGUUGAUGAAGUGCAGUCAGUCAGUAUGAAACAGCCAGUGUCUGUCACUACUGAUCAUUGCCUCUCCUAGGGGGUACUAAGGGCCAUUAUCUUCAAAUGAAGAUGAAUCUAUGAAAUGAGAAUCCUUCUAAGUAAUAAUAGUAAUAAUAAUAAUAAUUUUUAUUUAUAUCCCGCCCUCCCCAGCCGAAGCCGGGCUCAGGGCGGCUAACAACAAUAAAACAGUACAACACAGCACAACACAACACUCUAAAAUCAUUCAUUAUAAAAUUGAUUCAAAUCAAGCCACUGGCAACCAUUGGGCCAGAGAUUGCCGAGGGAGGGAGUCAGGCUGUGCCCUGGCCAAAGGCCUGGUGGAACAGCUCUGUCUUGCAGGCCCUGCGGAAAGAUGUCAUAUUCUAAAGAUGUUAUAUUCUAAAGUAUUUCUUAAGCAGUGAUGUGCUGGCUUUCCAGAUGCCUAAAACAGCUAACAAUGUAGUAGUGUCAGACUGGGAACUGGGAGACCAGGGUUUGAAUCCCCACUCAGCCAUGAAGCUUGGCCAGGGUGGGCACAGCUACCAAGAAGGCCCUCUGCCUCAUUUUCUGUAACAUCACUUCUCGCAAUGAGGUAACUGCCAGAAGGCCCUCGGAGCUGGAUCUCAGUGAAUGAUGGGGGUGGAGGCACUCCUUCAGGUAUACAGGGCCAAAGCCUUUUAGGGGUUUAAAGAUCAACACCAAAAUUUGAAUUGUGCUCAGAAACGUACUGGGGUCCAAUUUAGAUCCUUUAAGACCGGAUUUACAUUGGAUCCCAGUACAUUUCCAAUUCAGCAGCAUCCCACUACUAUUACAGAAAAAAUGAUUAUGACGCCUGGUGUUAACACUUUGCUCACAGAACUGUGGCAUAUUCAUAUGUUCAGAAGCAGAACAUCAUUCUUAACUCCUCUUGCAAUCUUCAUACAUAUUCUACCCCUCCUGUAAGUUCUAGGUUCAGUGGCCAUGUCUAAAAUGCUACCAAUAAAUUCCAAGAAAUCAGAGUAAAUGUGACUAUUAGGAAAACUGUCUUCAUUCCAAGUUGAUCACUCAAAUAUUACCAGAAUUGUUGAUAAUGUUUUUGUGUAUAUGUGUUAUCACCUGACCACAAGGCAGUCUCCAGGCAACUUACAAUCAAGUUUAAAAACAUACAAAACUGUUGGAAUUUCAGUGUUUGUUUUUAGCCAUAAAAUUGGGACAUCAAUCACCAGGGACCGCAGGGAAGAUUAUCAGCAACCCAAAGCAGCCCUACCAUUAAAGCCUUGGGUCAAGGGCCAGGUUCAAGUGAAAUAGAUUAUUGACUCUUGGGGCACAGACAGACCUCUUAAAUCAAUGUUGUUAUAGGAAGCAAGGCAGCCCUGAAUUCACCCUGUCUCUGCAGCCUGACUCUGACCCACUUAAUAGCAGGUGUGGAUUGGAAUGAUGCAUGAGGAGGUACAGCCUGGUAGCUCUGGCAACAGUGAUCCCAGCCCCCGCCUCUCAGCUUGAGGACAGUAUGAGGGUAUUGUUUGCCAUAAUCAUCAGUGGCAAAACGGACCUGCAGUUUCAGUACAUUUACUUACAUGAUUCUGAUGGCUAGGUAAAGGUAAAGGUACCCCUGACCGUUAGGCCCAGUCGCGGAUGACUCUGGGGUUGCGGCGCUCAUCUCGCUUUAUUGGCCGAGGGAGCCGGCGUACAGCUUCCGGGUCAUGUGGCCAGCAUGACUAAGCCACUUCUGGCGAACCAGAGCAGCGCACCGAAACGCCGUUUACCUUCCCGCCGGAGCGGUGCCUAUUUAUCUACUUUAACUUUGACGUGCUUUCGAACUGCUAGGUGGGCAGGAGCAGGGACCGAGCAACGGGAGCUCACCCCGUCAUGGGGAUUUGAACCGCCGACCUUCUGAUCGGCAAGCCCUAGGCUCUGCAGUUUAGACCACAGCACCGCCCGCGUCCUUGGCUAGGACCGCGUAAUAAAGAAGUCAUUUCAAGUUGUGUGGGUUUUUUAAUUCACAGAAUCAGCAGCAGAUUGAGGGAAUAGUUAGUUGUGAACAGGUGUAAAAAAGUGUAUGAAAGAGUAGAAGCUGGUCUUAGGAUGUUGGUGAACCCUCUUCACACAAGCGCACCCCCCCAAAAAAAACAACAACACCCCAGCAACUUUGUAUAAAUAAUUUGACACUAGAUCAAAUGCUGUUCCAUAAAGAAGUCAUAUUUUAAAACUACCAUUAAGGCUUUCACGUUUAAAAAAAAACAGCACAAGAAAGCUUUCUUUCUUUUACUCAUUCAUGCUUAGCAGAAGGUCACGGUAUCAAAUGAUGCCACUGCAGAGUUCAGAUCCUUUGUGCCUGAAGGAGAAGAACAAAGGUCUUUGUCUGUUUCCUUUUGAGUUAAAGGUGAUUUCGGCCUCACUCUUUUAUAUACUGGGAUGUAACCUGCCCUCCUAGAAUUUCAGGGAAGUUUGUUCAGGAAUUUGUAGCUGUGUUCUCAGCGGAUUAGCAUUUCUCGAAGCUGUGUUUGGCACUUAACAUAAAGACAGCCUUCUUCCAGCAUAGGAAGUCUGAACAUGUAUAAUGGCACACACAUUUUGUUGAUAGGUGCAUUCUGAGGAUUUGGUUAUGUAAUUGGAAGCCUGCUUAUUUCAGAGGCUAACAAUUUAGACCUUAAGUUUGCUUACUUUGGCCAUUGUUUCACAUCCUGUGGCAGCCAAGUGAGGAAGCAUGGCCCCUGAGCAAUGCAUUUAUUUAAUUGAUUUAUUGAGCCUUUCUUGAGCUCAAGGCAGCUUACAGGCAGUGUUAAUGCAGCUUAAAACACAUUAUAGAAACAAGCAUAGAGGAUGAGAUAUCAGUCUAGCCCCUCCUGUCCCCCUAUUAAGCAAUAUAUAAAUACUUAAAAUAAAAAUAAGGGGAAAUUCCAGGUCCCCACACAGUGAAGAUCUUGACCCUGAGCUUAAAAAGAGACCCUGGCUGCCUAACCUUAAAAGAAAAAACAUUCAUCUCCUAACUACCCUACUGACAUUUUGCAGGCCCGUAACUUUGAGGAGACCGAAGAUUAGAUUUCUUUUCAGCACUGGGCAGGGUUGUUGUUGUUGGUUUUGGUUUUGCUUCACUUCCUAAAAUGUGGAUUUCGGCAAGACUUCAAAACAUGCUAAAGCCUAAGCCGGCCUCCCACGGUAGUAAGUUUGCUUCUCUCCCAGACAAAACUUCAUCUGUUCUAGGGGGCAUAAGUUUUGCAGGCGGAAAGGCAAAUUCACUGUGGGAUUUCAGUUCUUAAAGCUUGUGAGCGGAACAAAUUAAAUUAAGCUUAUUCUUAUAAAGCUCAUUAAAGAAAGAAAGAAAGGAAAAAAUGGCAACAUUAAGUAACUUUUUCAUUUUAAAAGGCUAAUUCCUUACUUUCUCUGACUAAAAAUAAAAACUUUUGCCAUGAUACAAUUCUAUUUCUGCAGUAGUUACUGUACUUUAAAUAUGCAGUUUUACUGUGGUUUUAAAUAUACUACAAUAAAACUGAGAGGUGAUAUGAUAGUCAUCUUCAAAAAUCUAAAGAUGUAUCCCAAGGAAGGUGGACCAAGUUAGUUUUCUCCUGCUCCAGAAAGUAGGACGCAAGCCAUUGGAUUCAAGUGGCAAGGAAGGAGAUUCUGACUAAGCACGAGGAAUAGAUUUAUGACAGUAAGAGCUGUUCGACAGUGGAACAGACUCUCUCAGAAGGUGGUGGACUCCUUGGAGGAUUUAAAGCAAUGGUUGGGUGGCCACUUGUCAGGGAUUCUUUAGUUCUCUACAUGGGGCUGCCCUUGAAACUAACCCAGAAACUCCAGCAGGUGCAGAAUGCGGCGGCGAGACUCCUUAUGGGGUCCUUGCCACGGGAUCACAUUCACCCAGUGCUAUACCAGCUGCACUGGCUCCCAGUGGAGUACAGGGUCAGGUUUAAGGGACUGGUUUUAACCGUUAAAGCCCUAUAUGGCCUAGGACCCUCGUACCUACGGGACCGCCUCUUCUGGUAUGCCCCAUGGAGGACCUUACGGUCAGCUAACAACAACACCUUGAAGAUCCCGGGCCGCAGGGAAAUUAGACUGGCCUUGACUAGAGCCAGGGCCUUUUCGGCCGUGGCCCCGGCCUACUGGAACGCUCUCCCACAAGAGACCAGGGCCCUGUGGGAUUUGACAUCUUUCCGCAGGGCCUGCAAGACGGAGCUAUUCUGCCAGGCCUUUGGGCAGGAUGCAGUUUGACUUACUUUCCUUUGUAUUAAACAAGCCCGAAGGAGGCCCCCAACCCGCUCACAGGUCCUUGUAUGAUCAGUGGAAACAGUUGGCCCUGCCAAUUAUUAACCACUCUCAAUUCCACCCUGAUAAUUGCCACCUGCCUGGAUUUUAACUUGCUUGAAUUAAUUUUAAGAUGUAUUUUAAUUUAUUGAUGUCUGUUUUUAUGGUUAUUGUGUUGUUUUUAUGAUGUUAGCCGCUCUGAGCCCAGUCUCAGCCAGGGAGGGCUUGAUACAAAUAAAAAUUUAUUAUUAUUAUUAUUAUUAGUUGCAAUUCCUUCAUUGCAGGGGAUUGGACUAGAUGAUCCUUGCAUUCCUUCCAUCUCUGUUAUUGUAAGCACAGCAGCAACUGCUAGAAACUGCAGUUGCUUCUGUUGGCUAACUAUUACCUCAGUGAAGAGUUAAUUGAUUCAUUAACUUUUCUCCUUCCUCUCCUUUCUCUAGGACUAUUUUCCUAGUGCUAUUGUUUUCUCAGUAUGCCCGAAAUGUCAAGUUCCCAUUACCCAUCUAUAAAUCAAAAAAAGGAUGGACUGCAUACCGGUUACAGCUUUUUAAGAUGUUUCCUGUAAGUUCUCUCUUCAGCUUUCACUGUGUUUAUUGUUCUGUCUACUGGUGUUUAUUUUAGAGUAAUUUUAUUUAUUUUACAAAAUUUGUAUACUGCUUAACUGUGCAUAAAAUCUCCAAGCAGUUUACAAAGAAUAUAAAGUUUGCAUUUCAAAUGUGAAUAAAAGUCAACAGUAAAAUCUAGUUUUUAAAAAGCAAAAAGAAGAAAACCAACAGAUAAAAAUAUUCAUUGUAAACUAAAUUUACAGUUUAAAGUGCACGCCAACUUUAUAUGUCUCAGUAGACUUGCAUAAACAGAGCAGGAAUAAAAAGGAAGUUCCAGAGUGUCGGAACUGUGACACUAAAAGAUGAGAACAUUAUGUGGCCCUUGUAAAAGUGGCUGAGUGGGUACAUAUGUGGCAAAGUGAUCCUUCAAGUAAACUGGUCCCAAUAUGAUAAAGGCUUUAUAUUCUAAUAGUAACAUCUUGAACUUGGGCUAGUAACCAGUUGGCAGCCAGUGUAGAACUCUCAGCACGGGUGUUAGAUGCUGACAGAAUCCUACUCCUGUAAGCAUUAAAUGCAGCAGCGUGGUUGCUAACUGCAGUUUCUGGACGAAGCUCAAGAAAAACCCCAUAUAGAGCGCAUUGCAGUAAUCCAACCUUCAGUGUCACCAACGUCGCAGCUGUUGUGAUUCAGCUAACCAGGUCCAGGGAUUGCUGCAGCUUCUCAUGCGAGUUGGAGCUAGUAAAAGGGACUUCAAGCAACUGAUGUUACCUCUGCUUCCAGCGACAAAGCUGGAUCCAGAAGCAUCCCCAGACCACAUACCUGCUUCUUUAGGGCAAGUGCAACCCCACCCAGGGCAGGCAACUGGCUGAUUUCUCAGAAAUGGGAAACAAUCACCCACAGUGUCCCGCCUUGCUGGGUUUCAAGCUCAGUUUAGUUUCUCUCAUCUAUCCCAUCACUGCAGCCAGGAACUGGUUCAGGGCCCACGGGGCCUCUCCUGAUUCAGGUCUUAUGGAGAAAAAGAGCUGAAUUUCAUUGGCAUGUUGAUGGCACCUUGCCCCAAAUCUCCUCAUGACCAUUCCCAGCAUCUUCAAGUAGUUAUUCAAAAGACCAUAAAUUCUUUAAUCAGCAAAAGACCCGGGAGAAGAGUAAUGUUUUUGCCUAGUGCCUGCAGAUUUGUAAUGAAGGCACCAGAUGAGCCUUCCUGGGGGGAGCAUUCCACAAAUGGGGAGCCACCGCAGAAAAGGCCCAUUCUCAUGUUGCCACCCUCUAGACUUUGAACAGAGGAGGCACACAAAGAAGGGCCUCGGCUGAUGAUCACAGGGCCUGGUUUAGUUCAUAUGAAGAGAAGUGGUCCUUGGUACUGCGGUCCUGAGCUGUUUAUAGGUCAACAUCAGCACUUUGCAUUGGGCCUGGAAACUAAUUGGCUGCCAGGGGAGUUAGGCCAGAUUGACUUUAUGUUCUGAAACCAUCUUGCCCCAGUGAGCAACCUGGACACUGAAUUCUGAACCAUCUUCAGAGGCAGCCCCAUGUAUAAUGUGUUCCAGUCAUCUAACCUUUCAGUUACCAGAGCCUAGACAACAGACGCUAGGCUAUCCAGAUAGGCUAUCCAGAUAGGGGUGCAGGUGGGCCUCUAACCAAAGCUGAUGGAAGGCACUCCAGACCACCCAAGCCACCUGAGUCUCACGUGAAGGGGAUUCAGGACUACAAUGAAGGAUGUGGAAAGAGUGGUAGCGAAACCAUUCACUCUCCAAGGCAUGGAAAUUCAGGCUCAGUCAGUGAAAAUUAUUGGCAUUCACUUCAAGUUACCCACUUAAAUGGUUUUUAAAAGAAUUAAGCAGAUUUAGCUAUCGGGUCUGUUGAUGGCAGUUUAGCUGAACGGAGCCUCCAUGUCCAUCAGCCGUGUAUCUCUGAUAAUCAGAUGCUGAGAAUGAACAGGGGGUGGCCAUCACCUUGAUACCCUGCUUGUGAGUUUGGCCGCAGUUUCAGAUAAUGCUAAAUCCAGUUCCUAAAGAGCUCUACAGAGUGUGCUACAGCACCCCACCCCACCCCAAAUCAAUUUAUUUAUUCUUCAGCUAGCCCUCUGGGAUCCACUCAUUUUAUUUUUGUAAAUUGUUGUGAGUUUAUCAGCGUGCACAAUGCUUAGUUUUGUCUUAAAAGGAUUAAUGGCACUCCUUUAAGUGCUUAUUUGGAGAUAUUCCCAGUUUGGGGAAAUUGUAUGAAAGGAUCCAUUUUGAACUAGAAGGGUCUUUUAAAAAUUGUAAAGGGAAUGUGUUCACAAAAUCCUUGAUGCAACAACUCCCCACCACCAGUUUGAAUAUUAUUAUGCAGAGUUGGUAAGGAGAUCCUCUGUGGGCAAUUAUUGUUUCCUUGCUGGUGUGCUUUAAGCCCCUUUCUGUUCCCACUGCAGAUCAUUCUAGCCAUUCUGGUAUCCUGGUUGCUGUGCUUCAUCUUCACUGUGACAGAUGUGUUUCCACCUGUUAGUACAAAAUACGGAUUCUAUGCACGCACUGAUGCCAGGCAAGGAGUGCUUUUGGUAGCUCCAUGGUUCAAGGUUCCUUAUCCAUGUAAGUGUAUUUAGCAAGCACUUAAGGGAGAGUUUCCCACAAAGCUUUGCUCUUUGAUACAAUUACUCCAGACUUACAUUAGUUUAUUUUUUUUCUGCACCUUUCAUGAGUACAGAAGAAGUUACCUGGUCACUGGCAUGUGCUUGCAGAAAUGAGAGUUUGUGAUUCGGCUCCCAAGUUGCUGCCAGGUCUGUGGUUCAGCUGCCCAAGAUCUCCUCCAGUGAAAAGGGAGCAAGGCUGUGAAAGAUCUCUGUCUUGGAGAUCUGCUGCCAGUGAGAAUAGAGAUGAUACUGACAUAUCUGGGCUGGUGGUCUAAGGCAGUUUCAUGCCUCUUGGUUUAACUGUGGUUUGAAUUAAGCUGAUGGUUCCCUUAGUGCUAUGUCAGCAAAAUAACCCCCUUUCUCUUUGGCCACACCAUGUUUGGUAGGUCAGUUCUGAAGGCAGAUUCCGCUUUAGUGGGGGGGGGGGGAAUCUGUAUAAUCUAAGAUGAGAGUGGGCAACCGGCAGAUGCAGUUCUCAAGGCAAUCUGGUCCAAUAACCUCUGGUAAAGGUUGUCCAUGCUUUCACUCAUGAGGAAAAUAGACAGGUUGCAUUAGAUAAAUAUUCCACAUUAUUUUUAAUCUAAUUUUUGGAUUUUAAAAAUGUGAUGUGCAGGUAAACCUAUCUGUAUGUGAUGCUAAUAAAACUGCUAAGGUAAAGGUAAAGGUACCCCUGACAGUUAAGUCCAGUCGCGAAUGACUCUGAGGUUGCGGCACUCAUGUCGCUUUACUAGCCGAGGCAGCCGACGUUUGUCUCCAGACAGUUUUUCAUGUGGCCAGCAUGACUAAGCCACCUCUGGCAAAACCAGAACAGUGCACGGAAAUGUCGUUUACCUUCCCGCUGGAGGGUUACCUAUUUAUCUACUUGCACUUUGAGGUGCUUUUGAACCGCUAGGUUGGCAGGAGCUUAUGACUGAACAAUGGGAGCUCACCCCGUCACGGGGAUUCGAACCGCCUACAUUCUGAUCAGCAAACCCUAGGCUCAGUAUUGCAAAAGCUAAGCAGAGUACGGUAUGGUUUCAAAUUGGGUGGCGGACUGUGUGUUGAGACUCCCGCAUUUCAGGGAGUUGGACCACAUGACCCAUGGGGUUCCACCUAAAUCUACAAUUCUGAUUCUAUGUAAAUGCGUGUGGGAAGCCCUCCUGAUGGUACCAAUUCAUUAUACUGGCUAACUACAUAUGAAGUGUCAGUUUGUGUGGCAUGACCACUGUUUUGAAAAGAAAUGCUAUUGCCCACCCCUAAAACCCAGAAAUUAGCCAUCCUAUGAGCUAAGAGAACAUUUUACACCUUAAAAGUCACUUUGCUUUAAAUACAGUAAGAACGAUUAUGGGUUUUUUUGUCUUCACAGUUCAAUGGGGAUUACCUACAAUAUCAGCUGCAGGUGUGAUAGGAAUGCUCAGUGCCGUGGUUGCUAGCAUCAUUGAAUCAAUUGGCGAUUAUUAUGCCUGUGCGAGGUUAUCUUGUGCUCCUCCACCACCAAUCCAUGCAAUAAACAGGUAAGCCUCCUGGAAAAGACUUUGCUUCCUUCUCACCCUUUGCUGUGCCCCAUUUCCCUGGAUUCAAAGUCCUAACUUCUUUCAGGUUUUGCAAUAUUAUAGACUUUUGGGACCCAAAAAUUCAGAACUGUAGCAUAUAUGAGGAUGAGUUUGCAUGUGGAUACUCAUAACUCGAUAUUGCAGCAUCAAUUAGUGAUGUCGAUGAUCAAACUACCUUAAUUGGUCAAAUCCCACAGGCAGAUUUCAUAUCACAUUGACUUACUUCUAACCUGUUUUCACUAGGGACAAUUACACGUUCAUCCGCAAGUCAGAAAGUGUUGAAUAAUCAAGAAAUGGUUCUAUGGUUGUGUUUGCGCUGAGCAGCCACAGAGAGAAAAUCACUCCACUGCAUCCUUCUCAGUCAUGUUCUGGAUUCCUUGUGUCCUGCAUUGCCCUGCCAAACAUCCAGUUUGACUUGGCUUCAAAAUAUUUGAAUUGGCAAGGUGGUCAGCUGACCGGCCAGCUGACUACCUCUUUCUCUCUCCCCAUCAUGACUGUAAAGUUCAGGGUGUCUAAAUACUUUUAAAAUGUAGAAUCAACAUGUUUAUUGAUAUGAUGCCUUUCCAUAAAAAAAUAUGCUCAAAGCACUGUACAAUAGCAGUGGGAGCACAAUGCAUAGCAAAGAUCAACAAUCCUGAUAAAAAUUCCAUAACAAAAAUAAUAUGCAACAAUACGUAAGAAAUACAACAUCAGUGCAGUGACAAAUUCGUACAGAACAAUAAUGUAUAAUAUAAUAAUGCAUACAUUAAAAACAGACCAUUCAGUAGAUGCUAGAAUGAAAAAGAAUCAUACUGAGAAGCUAGAUAUCAAUUUGUGACCCCUAUGCAGUAGUAGUAGUAGUAAUAAUAAUAAUAAUAAUAAUAAUAAUAAUAAUAAUAAUAAUAUAUUAUUUAUACUCCGCCCUCCCCAGCCAAGACCGGGCUCAGGGCGACUUAGUGAAAGACAAUAGCAGAAGUUUCAUAUGUAAAGACAAAAGUUAGUGUGAGUUUCCUUAAAACAUGUUAGGCAGCUGGAAAGGACACAAGGAAUCCAGAAAGUGAGAGUUGGCAAGAACUGCAGAAGAGGCAGAGAUGAGAAGGUCAGGAAGAGGAUGUCUCUAAUGGGCUUGAGUUUUCUUGGAUCUUUCUACUGCAGGCCAGGAGAUGGUGUGGCUUUUUCCUUUUGCUUGUAUGAGGUUGGGGGGGGGGGGAAUCACUAUGUUUUAUUUGUAGUACAGUCGUACCUUGGAAGUGGAACAGAAUCCAUUCCGGAAGUCCAUUCGACUUCCAAAGCGUUCAGCUUCCAAAGUGCAGCUUUUGAUUGGCUGCAGGAGCCGGACGUUCGGCUUCCGAAAAUCGUUCGAAAACCAGAACAAUCACUUCCGGGUUUCAAUCAUUUGGGAUCCGAAAUGUUCGAGUUCAAAGGUGUUUGGCUUCUGAGGUUCCACUGUAUUCUGUGUUACAAAUGCAUAAGAAUAUUUGACCAGUUGAUGACGUCUUUAACUGUAAAAUACCCAGCCCUUAACUACAGUGGCUGCCAGUCUUGCUUGAGAGUCAGAUAAUAACUACUUGUGUUUGCCUGGCCUUGACUGGUUUUCAUGCUUUUCUAACAUGCUAUAUAGCGUAAUCUCAACAUUUUUCUUCUAAUUGCAGGGGCAUUUUCAUAGAAGGCCUUUCCUGUGUCUUAGAUGGAGUGUUUGGCACUGGGAAUGGAUCUACUUCCUCUAGCCCCAACAUCGGAGUCUUGGGGAUUACGAAGGUACAUAUCUGUUCAAAUAAGCUUGAGAUUUAUCACGGUGGGAGCUUCCCCUGCACAUGCCUAGUGAAGAGAGAGGGACUUGCUCAAGAGCAGAGUUCAGUUAAAGUUGUACAUAGAAAACACAGUCUGAUUGCUGUGGUGUUGUUAUUAUUAUUUUAAAAAUGCACCCUCUUGCAGUCAGAGUACUUAAAGAUCAGUGAACAUGAGAUGUAUCACGUGUCACUGCACGAAAAAGCUGGACUCAACUCUCCAUUAUCAUUUGCAAAUAUGAAAUGGGAUGGUUGUUCCCACUUAAAAGCCAGGGCCUUUUCAACUCUGGCUCCGGCCUGGUGGAACGCUCUGCCUCAUGAGACCAGGGCCCUGCAGGAUCUGAUUUCUUUCCGCAGGGCCUGUAAGACAGAGUUGUUCCACCUGGCCUUUGGCUUGGAGCCAAUUUGAUUCCCUCCCUCUCUUUCUUUUUUCCUUUCCUUCUCCUCCUGCGAUGAGGCUACAUUUUAAUAUUUUAAUGUUUCAAUAUUUUAAUGUUGUAUUUUAAUUUUGUUUUUAAGUUGUAAUCAUUCAACUUGUUUUUAUUAUUGCUUGUAAGCCGCUCUGAGUCUGGCCUUGGCUGAGGAGGGCAGGGUAUAAAUAAAAAUUAUUAUUAUUAUUAAUUAAGUGGAAUGCUGGGGUGUGGUGAGUUAAAACGCUAUAAAAGUCACAUGUGAAACCCCUUUGGGAUCUAACAAGUGCCAACACCGAUGAUAUUGUGACACUUGUUAAAAUUGUAUUCUUAUUGUAUAUUGCAUUUUAGUAUAUUAAAAAUCACACUGCUUUUGUGUGCGAAGCAAUGCAUAAAUUCAAUAAAUCUAAUGUAAUCUAAAUAGUUUCUGAUGUUUAGUUCCAGUAAUAUUAUUAAAUUAUGUGUAUCAACUGCACUUCAGUUUGAUUUGUAUGAAGACAUCAUUGUUUUAAUAGUCUUGUUAGACAUUGCCUUGAAACUCACCAUAGUAGGUAGUACAUAAAUACUUUUAUAAAUGAAAUAAAUAAGCUGUGUCUAUGCAUACAGUUUAAUAUCCUUGAGGAAUGGUUUGCGGGGAAUGGAGGUGGUGGUUUCAGCAUCUCCUCCCUCCACCCCACAUCUUGUGCUGCAAGUUGUACUUCCAUCCAGCAUGUUUUAUACAUGAUGGGGACAGGUGCUUAAAGACACAAGAUUUCUAGAGUCAUGUGUAGCUUGGCCCUUAAAUAUAUUUUUUUUUUAUCAUCAGUGAUUUGCUUGUGAAAUCUGAAUAUGAACAUCGCCAUCUACUGGAUGCAUUUUUUUUAGGCAGGGAGGGCGAGGUUUCUUACAAAAAUACAGUGGUACCUCAAGUUACAUACGCUUCAGGUUACAAACUCUGCUAACUUGGAAGAGUUACCUCGAGUUGAUAACUUUGCCGCAGGAUAAUGAGAACAGAAAUCAUGUGCCGGCGUCACAGCGGCAGCAAGAGGCCCCAUUAGCGAAAGCACACCUCUAGUUAAGAACAGUUUCAGGUUAAGAAUGGACCUCCGGAACGAAUUAAGUUUGUAACUAGAGGUACCACUGUACAUGGAAGUGCAGUAGUGGGUUGGCCCCAUUUCCAUAGCCUAAUAUUGGCUGUCUGCAGUUAUCUAGGGACCUGUCACAUCUGUUUUACCUUAAUCUCGUCAUUUCCAGUCAUGGAUUAAAUAAUUUCUGAACAUGGUACAAGCAAAUGUUACAAAGGCACUUUAUGUAUUACGUGUUUACUUCAUAAAAUGCAUACACUGAAAGUGGUUUACAGUUAAAACAUACAAAAAGUUAAAAUACUAAAACUGAUGAGAAUUCCCAUCAACUUUCUGAGCAUCUGGGCUUGUCUAAACAAUAGCAUUUUUAGCAGGCAUAAGAAAAGAAUACAGUGAAGGCACCCGCUUGAUAUCAGUAGGCAGGGAAUUCCAAAGUGUAGGUGCUGCCACUUUAUACAUCCCCUUAGGGCAAAAUGUCUGUUUAUGGGAUUGUAGUAGAAAUAAAGGCUGUUUAAGGAAAAUAGCAUGGGAAAUGUUUUCAAAGAGGUAUGUUCUGCCAGUGCAGCUUGCCUUUGUUCGUAAUCUUUUUCAUUGUAUAGAUAGCACUAAAUAAAGCAAUGGGAAAGUGUGGUGGAAGAGACCUUUGCCCACACACAGAGUGUGACUCAAGUCAAGUGAAUGUUGAUUGUCACAUGGACUCUGCUGCUUGUGUGUUAAACUGUCAGUGCAAAAACUUCGCAAGGAAUUGAUUUGUGCUUCUCCUGAGAAGCUUUGUUUCGUGCAAAGCAUCGCUUUUGUUCAGUUGAGCUCUUCAAAGAGUGUAGCCCCAAGCAAUGGAAAUGUCUCUGUGUUAUGUAACUCUACAAAAAUAGUCUUUUUGAACUAAAAUGCCCCAAAGCACGAAUCUGUAUUGCCAGGUCUCACAUUCAGCUGAUGUGGAAUGUAUCAAGUGGCUUUAUCAGUUUGCUUCCAUUGAUAAAUACUGGGAACACAUGAUAACAUACUGGCCUGCAGUAUCAUCCUGUCAAGUGAUCACAUGAUAACUGUGGCCAUAGGGAAUCGGCCUGUAGAGUGUUUGAAAAAUAAAAAGUUUUAAACUUGCUGGGGUUGUGGAGCAAGGAAAAAGCCGAGGUCAGGCAGUUUUCACCAAACUAGCAGGAGAUGGUGAGGUUUAGUUGGGAUAUCCAUCUAAUAACAGAGGCUUUUAAUUCUCUGUGCCACUGAGUCACUAAUCUGUUUCCUCUGCAGCUGUUGUUGCAGCUACCCCUAGUCCUUCCCCUUCACUGCGGUCCCCGAAUUGACUGAGAGAGAUUGUUCUGUGGCUGGCAGUGCAAUGCUCCAGUAAUUAAAAAAGGCCCACCUGCAUAUUGAUACACAGAUCUCACCAAACACCCUCCCCAUUGAGAAGGAUCCUUCUUGUCCUUCAGCAGAGAGCCAUCACGAACAAGUGAGCCAUCAAGUGAGGAAAUGGAAUAUUGCAUUUAAAUCAGCUAAAGAGUCUAUAUUUUUUCCAGAGCUGCUGAACUACAGCAGCCGUCAGCCCUAGCAAGCACAGCCACUGACUGAUGAGUGUUGUAGUUCACCCGCAUCUGGAGGGCUAAAAGUUUCCCAUGUCAGUUUUACAACUUUGUGAUGAAAUCACAAGUUGUCAUCAUGAACAAGACAGUGGAACAGUCUCCCUCGGGCGGUUGUGGACGCUCCUUCCUUGGAAGUUUUAAAGCCAUCUGUCAUGGAUGCUUUAGCUGAGAUUCCUGCAUCACAGGGGGUUGGACUAGAUGACUCUUGGGUCCCUUCCAACUCUAUGAUUCUAAGAGCAACUGCCAGAAAUGUUGUAAUUUAUCUCCCUUUUUGUUGUGUGAUUCAUAGGUUGGAAGUCGGCGAGUGAUUCAGUACGGAGCAGCGUUCAUGUUGUUGCUAGGAAUGGUUGGCAAGUUCAGCGCCCUCUUUGCAUCCCUCCCUGACCCAGUGCUUGGCGCUCUCUUCUGCACUCUCUUUGGUAUUUGAAUUUCCCUCCUUAUAUUUUUGCCUGUUAGCAAUGAGCUCUGUGCGCAGCCAUGUCAGCUGCCACUUCUCCAGCUGUCAGCCGAGUCUCCUGUCUUUCCUCAUGGACUUGCCUGGGAGAAGUGCCUUCCAGAUGCUCACUUUGAUGUCUGGUGAUGCUGCUUCAGGGUACAACCCACCUGUUUGCAUGAGCCGAAAGGGUCAAAACCUUAUUAAACUGGCACACAUCUCCCCCAUUGUUUGUUAGGCUGCUGAGUAAUGCUGUGCAGUUUUACAGAAAGAACUGAUGGCUGUGGUCUCCUUCCACAAUUGGAGGCAGCAGUGCUUCUGAAUACCAGUUGCGUGUCGAGACCCCGCAGCCAGCCCCUCGUUGGAAAUAACUCACACAAGGACACGGAUAUUAGGUUUACGUUAUUGGGCAAAUUUUGGCCACAACUUUAUUGAAAUUACAGAAUGUGAGCGGUACUGGCUUAGGCAUUGAUUGGACCUGGCUAUAUCUGACUCCUGCCCAUUAUGCAGGAAGUCCCAGUAAGGGUAAGCCACCGGUAGGGGGAGCCCUGUCGAUGCGAACCAACUCAAGCUCCCUCUGGUGUUCCCGUCGGGGUCGUGUCAAGGCCUUAGCCCCCCAGCCGGGCUUCAGACUAGAUCAACACCCCCAGAUUCAUUUAACGGAAUACCCUUAAGCAUGGAGGGGCAGGUGAUGGCCACACCUCCCCUCCCCCACACAAGGUAUGGCCAGUGCCAAUUUGCCAGGUGGAAAAAUUCCUACCAGGCCCCUCGGACAACCAAGGCGACCAACCGAAGUCCAUAGCAAGGCCAUUGUCUAACUUGCAAAAUAGGGAGGGGGGCGCGGGUGAUUGAGGAAGUGAGCCAAAGAGGAAGUCCUCUGGCUCGCUCCUCCAAUUUAAACGGCCCUGGCCACGCCCCCCCGGCCAGCGGGUUGGCUGGCCGGGCUCUGAUGUGGCCAGGAUCCCCCAGGCAACGGGGGACAGAGUCCCCCACCGCCGGUGGGGAAUGGGUGGCCACGCGGUCCACCGCAACUCCUCCCCACUGGGAAGUGGAGCAGCUUUGCUGGAAACAGUAGGAAGGGAGAGGACGGCUCUUGUGCUAAGGUCCUGUUUGCGGGUUUCCCACAGGCAGCUGGUUGGCCACUGUGAGAACAGGAUGCUGGACUAUAAAGGCCAUUGCCCUGUUCUAGCAGGCUCUUCUUAUAUUCUUAAAACGUAAUGUUAUUUAUGUAUCGGCUUGAUACACAUCACUGCAGACUCCCAAGGCCAGGCAUGAAACAUAAUAAAUCAAUCCCCUUUUUUUGUAUGCCACCUUUCCAAAGUUAAGACCAUCUUUACACAAUUACAAACAUAAGAAAAGUAGUCAUAAACAAUAAGCAAAACAUCAGAAAUGCACAACCAAAUCCAACAAUUUCCACAUGAACCAUAAAGAUAAAAAAAGUAACAGCGACAGCAACAACUCCAACAAUCCCCCCUAAAAAAUACCCCAGCCCAACAUAAGUCUUCAAACUAUCAAUGUAUAUUUAUGCACCCUUAAGUGAACAUACGUCUCUUACCUUCUGCAAAAAUGGAGGUUGUUUUUGCUUUUUAAUGGAAGGGAAAUACCGGUGGUCUGUGUAGUAUUUCACAUUGCAUACUGUAGAGGCUAAAAUCCUGUCCUGUUUGUUCUUGUUCAGGGAUGAUUACUGCAGUCGGACUGUCUAACCUGCAGUUCAUAGAUUUAAACUCUUCUCGGAACCUUUUUGUGCUUGGAUUUUCUAUCUUCUUUGGACUGGUCCUUCCAAGUUACCUCCGACAAAAUCCACUUGUCACAGGUACAAAAAUUUCCUUUUUCUUAUUCUACUACAUGUAUUAAAAUAAGCUUAGGCUGAAACAUCUUGUUCUGGACAAAAAUGCAUUUACACAACCCAUGUGGAAAUGGAUUUUGUAAACAUUUCAACCUGUACUGUCAGCUGUGGCUGCAAUUGUUAAUCAGUCAGCUGGUAUAAUUACUUAAAGCUUUAAUUGCAGACUAAGAUUUGGUUCGCCAGCCGUACUCAGUGUUCUUGAAGGCUUCAUAGGGCAGCCGUGAAAGAGACUUUGGUCCCUUUCCGCAUGGUUAAUAAAAAUAUCUCUUAAACAUGGAUCCUCCACAAUUCUAAGAAGCUUUUUCAAGCUUUUUGAAUCUGAUAAGAGAGCUUUAUGGUAUCUACGGUAAAUUACUUUGCACUCAAGUGAAAUGCCCAGGAUCUUGAUAAAGACACAUUUAUUUUAGUUAAAAAGAAACCAAAAAUUAGUUAAUUAGCCAACUGGUUGCAAGUCCCUGUUAACUGAAUAAAAAAUGGGUUGACCAGCACUACUGCCUGUUUGUAGAAGCCCACUUCUGGGAGCGAGGACCCAUCUGCAUUUUAGGCCCUUUUACAAGAUAGAUCUUUCCGCAGAUUAAUGGGGAACAUACUGUUAUAAAUAUAUGAGCAUUGCUAAGCAAUCCACAUCACCAGGUGUUUGUGCUGUGUGGACAGUGUGACUUUGGCUCCUGAAAUUGUGUGUAUGAAUAUGGCGGCUCUUCAGAUCUUGCUCUAAGUCUCUCCCUCCCCUUUCUGUUCUUGUAGGAAUAGCCAGCAUUGAUCAAGUGUUAAAUGUUCUUCUCACUACAGCCAUGUUCGUUGGGGGUUGUGUAGCAUUUAUUUUAGACAACACCAUUCCAGGUGAGUAGUGCAACAGGCUGCCUUUCCCCACUGUUUCCCUCCCCUGCCUUCCUGUUAAAGACACUGUGACGCUUGAGGCUGAAAAUACGCAGCACAGCUACAGGUUGACACAGAGCACAAUCCAACAGUGCAAAUUGUGUGCUCUUAGGGAAUCCUCAUUCAUUUCUGUGUGGCUCAUGGGUUUGUAGGUCCCCUUCUACUGCCCUGAGGCAGCUGGAGCCCCUGUGCACAACUGCACAAGUAUCACUUUCCAGGUAUCCCACUCAGUGCUCAGGCUGAUGGAGUGGGGCGAGCUUUCCUGUGAAAGGGGCUUAGAAGCACAUCAUAAGAGCCUGCUGGAACCGGCCAAUGGCCCCUCUAGGCCAGCAUCCUGUUCUCACAGUGGCCAACCAGAUGCCCUAAUGCAGGCAUGUCCAAAGUCCAUUUCGGGGGCCUAAUUGGUUUAAUCCGGCCCCUGUGGCAGUUUAUUUCCUGGCAUAAAAUCCUUAAAAACCCUCAACAAUUUCAAUCCUAAGAAAAGUUCAACAACUUUGGUCGGCCCUUAGGUCGGCCCUCACAGUCCUUCACUUCAUCAAAUCUGGCCCUCUUUGAAAAAAGUUUGGACACCACUGCAUGGGGAGCCCACAAGCAGGAUCUGAGCACAAAAGCACCCUUCUCUCCUUUGGUUUCUAGCAACAGGGGAGCAUUGGUUCCUCCAACUGGAGAGGAAGAGCACAGCCAUCAUGGCUAUCAGUCACUGAUGACCCUCUCCUCCAUCAAUUUGUCUAAUCUUUUAAAGCCAUCUAGGUUGGUGGCCAUCUCUGUCUCCUGCAGGAGAGACGCAGGUGGCUCUAUGGUCUAAACCCCUGAGCCUCUUGGGCUUGCUGAUUGGAAGGUCGGGGGUUCGAAUCCGCACAACGGUAGUGAGCUCCCGUUGCUCUGUCCCAGCUUUUGCCAACCUAGCAGUUCGAAAGCACACCAGUGCAAGUAGAUAAAUAGUUACCACUGUGAUGGGAAGGUAAACGACAUUUCCAUGCGCUCUGGCUUUCAUCAUGGUGUCCUGUUGUGCCAGAAGCGGUUACUCACAGCCCAGAAAGUUGUCUGUGGACAAACGCUGGCUCCCUCGGCCUGAAAGCAAGAUGAGCGCCGCAACCCCAUAGUCGCCUUUGACUGGACUUAACCGUCCAGGGGUCCUUUACCUUUACCUGCGGGAACAAGUUCCAUAGUUUAACUCUGUGUUGCAUGAAGGAGGACUUUCUUUGCUCUGUCCUGAAUCUUGCAGCAUGCAGUUUCAUUGGGUGUCCAUGAAUCCCAGUGUUAUUAGAGAGGGGCUUAUGUCUCCAAUGUUCAGCUCUUGAUGCAACUCUCUCCCUAUCCUUUUGAUACCCAGGAAGCCCCGAAGAAAGAGGAAUCCAGAAAUGGAAGAAAGGAGUGUGCAAAGGCAGCAAAUCCAUCGAUGGCAUGGAAACUUAUGACUUGCCUUUUGGCAUGGAAUUUGUGAGGAAGUACAAAUGCUUCCGCUUUUUACCCAUCAGCCCCACCUUCAUGGGCUACACAUGGAAAGGCUUCAGGCAAAACAGUGGCUGCCAGAGCACAGAGGAAGAGGACUCGGAGGCCACUGUAUAGCCCCUGCUGCUGCAGCCCCUGUCGACCAGCUGCAGUGACAGACACCUCUGCAGUUCCUUGCUGACCUUGUUUUGUUUUAUGUUUUUUGUAUUUCUGCAUUUUGAAUUCUGGAACCAGAGCCGAAACAGAUUAUAAAAAAUAGCUUUCCAAUUGUGGACAGUGAUAGCUAUCUAUAACGUCUCUCUAUAAUUACGUUGUGCUUUUUGUUUUGUUUUUAAGAAGUACUGUUAGAAUUGCUUUUGCUGAUUUUGGCGGGGCAACUACUGUUCAACGUUUAAUCCAGAUACAAAAUUGGUAAAUAUUGUAAACACGGCGCUUAAGCAGGCUGUGUCUUUCCCAUUUUAUAGCUGAUACAUUCCAUUUUUUUAUUUAACUCUCAUAAGCCCCCAGUCAUUUGUUGGCAUUAUUCUGGCAAAUUAUACCAAAGUGUUCCAUACUCGACAGUGCUUUCAAAGCUUCCCAGCAUUGUGUAUUGGAUGUACCGACAAGUGGUGCCUUUGCACAAGCUUCUGUUCCUAAGAAAGUGACAUGGCUCUGGGGUGCUUAACGAGUCCUAGCUGAGCACCUUUUGUGGACAGGGUUGACUGGGGCUUUGCCUCUGGCUGUCGUCAAAUUGCACAUCCCUGAACCUGACAGAUUGCCUAAGCAGCUCACUGUCUUGCAUCCCUGCAGGCCAGUGUUUUAAAAGUGAUAUUUAUUAAGCAGCCAAAUUCACUACAUCUCAAUGGAGAACGGAACUAUCUGGUUGUCUCUGGAUUCGUACUGACCUGCUUCAUGCAGUUCUGCCUGUCCCAGAAACAUCCUUCAGUUAAUGUUGCCUUUGUGUUUUCCUCCCUUUCUGAGCUUAACAUGGGACCUGCUUUUAAAACAAGAGAGACCGUGUGUGCAUCACUGUCCACUGGGUGGUUUAACGGGUAUCGGGGGCCCACUGUGGGUGCCAUUCAGACUCUUGAUUUUUUUCUUCUACUAGUCUUGGCUCUGACACUACAUAGCUGUUAAUGCUCAUCAUGCAUUUAUAAUUGUAAAAAAGAUUAUUCCUGUGUAAUGUUCUUACUGUUGCAGAUUAGUUUUUAGACAUCAGCAUUUUGUUCCUUUCUUAUUGUCGUCCCCCUACCCCCCCGAUGUGGCCCAAAAGGCAUUUUUGAAGCUGUGGAAAGAUUUGUUAGAGAGGCAUUAGGGUAAGUCUUCUCUCAAAGCCUGUACUCUCAAAGUCGGUGUGAUCUAAGGUGCUCCUGUUUUGUAUCUCUAUUUCUUUUUUAGUUCCCAAAGCAGGUGCUGUACAUUUGUUGUCAGUUUCUUGAGCAUGAGAGGCAUAAAGCCACUCUUGUUGAUUACUGAGGCUAUUAGGGUUUGAGAAAGGUGUAAGGAGCUUUGAUGUAUCAGUAUUGAAUGGCGGGGAAGGGAAGGCAAUCAGCAGAUGGUGGGUGUUUCCUACCAUUUCAGUGACAUUUUCAUUGUAUAGCUUUUCACAUCAGGGUUAUAUCCCCUCUCUGAUCUUUCCUCAGAGACCUUGCAGCAGUUUGCUGUCUUGGAUUCAAACCAGGUAUCAUGAAAACCAGCCCAAAAAGUAGCUGCUUUUAAAUUUUUUAAAAAGGUUAAAUCGGGGCUGUUGCAUGAGCUUCAGAAACUAAGGCCACAAUCCCGUGCAUACUCACCUAGGAUUAAGCUCCAUUGGGCGCAGUGGGACUUACUUCUGAGUAAAAGCACAGGGGCAGCAUGUUUGCUUUCCACCUUUAUUUUAUGAGCAACCAAAGAAAAGGUGGGUGGAAAGGAACCGCCCCCUAUAGGUGGCUUAUAAUAAUGCAAAAUGCCAAAGCCAAGGUUUUCCGCACACAUUAGAGCAGCCUUCGCCAACUUGGCACCCUCCAGAUAUUUUGUGCUACAAUCCCCUUCCGCCCCAGCAAGCCUGGCCAUAUGGGAAUUGUAGUCCAAAAUCUAGAGGGCACCAGGUUGUCGAAGGCUGCAUCAGAGAGGCAAAUGUUGUGUAUUCAUAACAUUGUCAGAAUUUAGUAUAUUCUUGUUUGGGUCAUUUUUGUUUGCUAAGGUGCCAGUUGUUUGUUUAUAGCAGAACUGAAGAUGUCACUGAAUGUGAUACACUACUGUAAUAACACUCUUCCACAACUUCCCCUUUGGCUUCAGUAAAGGAGUAGAUCUCCAAUAGAUUGGGCCCAGCGCAGUAAAUAAGAAAUAUGGGCUGUUACAUGUGCCCUGCCACCAGCUGUGUGGCUACAGCUAUCUUGAGUAGCUUUCAUAUUCUGCUGACAACUGCGGCAAGGUAAGCACCCAACUUCUUCAGUAGCCGCUUGACUAUGUUUAUUGCUAAACUUCUCUUCGAGGGACAUGCAGCUAAGAGCUAGUCCAUACAUCACACAGAAGCCAGGAAAAGAGGCGUUCAAGUGACCCAACCUUCUUGUCUCACUUCUGAGGUGCAAAUGACGUGAGUUUUUAAAAUGGAGUUCUACUGCCCUCCUGGGAUGUAGAGCUAUGGAAUGAAAUGUUUCCAGAGUCUUGCAGUGUUUACAAGUGCAGUCCACUUUACUCUGCGCCCCCAUUUAUAUAUAUAUUCUGAGAGAGACGAGACAGGUUCACUUUGAAAGGCAAAGUGGUUAAAGUGAAGGCCGUGGCGGGUUUUCUCUUGCAGAAGCAACCACAAGAGGGCAUUGCAAUUGCUGCUGCUUUUAGAAAAGAUUUUUGACAGCUUGGAUGCAGAGCAUCCAGAAGGUCAGGUGCUUUCGCAGUUGUGGCAAGAAUACUUUGUUGUCCUGAGAAGAAAGCAUGCUUUUAACUUUGGAGAGAAUUUUGAGAGUCCAAGAUAGGAAAGUGUAGUGAGAUAACAGGUCUUGGGUAUCAUUAAGAGUAGGAGAUGGGAGUCAAGCACCAUUAAAGCAAAAGCAGUGUUCUUUCACAGCUCCCAUUAAUUUCACUGAUGUUGGACAUAUGACCUUCUGGCAGAUGGCACCCUGUGUUAAUUAGUGGGAAGAACCAUAAUCUGCGCCUUGUCCAACUCUGGGAUCAAAAUGGCUUAGGACUGUAUUCAUAAGAGAGAAUUCAGAAAACUCAUUUUUCUGGAUAACCUCCAAGGCCUGUGAAUUUCAAUUAAGGGAAGGUAUUUGAUGUACCUCUUGUUAACCUUUCAAAGUGGUGUAUGAACUUCAGCUACCAGACAUUGGGCUCCAACCAUAUAUCUGCUGUGUUUGGAGUAGAUCCCAGUAUUGUGUGAGAGCAAAGAACGGUUAGCUCCUUACAUGUAUCCUAGCUGGAAGGAAGUCAGAACAAGGUAGUGAUGCUUUGAAUUGUGUGCUUAUUGUAGCCUCCUGUCUUUCUGCUAUUAAACAAUUCUGCCCAGACAGAUCACCUUAUGAGAGAGGUUGGGGGAAAUCACUGACAAAUUUCAGUUAAAAGAAAUAAAUAUUCAUGACUAAACCAUCACUGUCAUGUCAAAGAUCUAGAAACGUAUAUUGAAAGCAAAACAAUUUCUGAGCUUUUGUAUUUAAAAUAAAAACCUAUGUUAAUUUUUUUUAAAAUUAAGUACUCUGGCUAAGAUUUAUGAAUGUGUCUUAUAAAAUUAUGCCUCUUGAAUUUAUAUUUAAUGGUUAAUUUUAUCUGUGAUUGAAAAAAAAGUAUUAAUCAGAAUAAGAUGCAUCAGGGAAGGAGUUUUUAAAUUUACACAGUCGAUUUGUCUUAACAUCCUUUAAUACUAACUUUCAAUAUGGCAACUUUGUACAUGAAUAUUGCAGUAUUCUAUUUCCAUAGACUUAAAAAAACCACACCCAACGAGUAACAUUUCCACCCAGGAUAAUAAUUGUCACAGGUUUCCUGGGUGGGAGUGAUAUGAUUGUCAUGACAAUGUCAUGUGAUAGAAUUUCUUCAUUGACGAAUUGCUAGCGAUUGUUUAUACUUUAUUUACCCAUGCUUAUGUCCUUUAAGUAAAAACAGAGAGAAGUUAUUGAUCACCUCUCUCUUGAAAACAUUGGUACCGGUAACAGCAUUGCUUGUGUACUAGCAGUGGAACACGUUGAGCCCAGAGCAGGUCCAACCAUGAGACCAGAUGCAUGGCCAUCUGACAGAGUAGCUUUUGAUUCUGACUCCUGUUCAGCGGGUGACACUGUGGGAGGCAUCCACACCCUGGCCCCCGGGGGAACAAUCCACAGGGACGUUCUCCUACUUCCUUGAAGCGAACGGGGGUUAACUGUGCUCUUGCACGGCUGCUGUUCAUUUCCAUGAGGCUUGUGAAGAAGAACCUUGCUGCGUUAAUUAUUUUGUAUAUGUUUGGAGUCAGGAGGUUGAGAACGCCUUUUGGAUUUUCUGCCUCAAACACCAAAAUGUCUCUGGCCGGCUCUGGUUGAGAAUUAGAAAGAGAUGCUAAUCAGAUGCAAAAAUUAAGCAAUCAGACCAAAACAUGUCAACCUCUCACUGAUGGCACAGUUAGGCUCUAGCCUUCUAUCAUCUAUGAAGUGCCAAAUUCUGAUGGCAUGCAUAACUUCAGGCUUCUUCCCAUCUUAUGGUUAAGGACAAGGAGCAUCCUUAGAGCCACUCGCCCUCUCUGUUUUUCACCUUGGUGCCUCCUUGCUUUCAGCCCAAUCCCAGCCAUGAACUCUGCAGGUAGGGUUCCUAAACGAUUCCUGUAGGAGUCGAUGGGAGGAAUUGGGGAGAGCCUAAUGGUUCAGGAGCUGAUGGUUUAAAGCCAUUGGCUAGCCUGAGCCUACUUCACUGGCUGAAGUAUGUUUUCCACAUAUAUCAGGGUGCUCCAAGGAUGCAGCUGCUGAAGGCCCUUCCUCUCUAUUUGGCUGCUUUUGCCUCCCAGAAAGAAGAAUAACCCAGCCUAGUGAAGGUGUUUGUGGGAAGGCGUAUGAUAAGGCUGCUUGUACACACUUGGGGUUUCGAUAGGCCCAAAUUCAAAACAGGCCAUCUGGUUCUCGACCCCCGUUCCCUUCCCUUUUGUUAGAUGCAAGGGGCAGAGCCUCAGAGGUGACUCCCAUCCCACUUUCCCCUUUGCUCAGUGGCCAGAAGCAGCCUCCUUUCUCUUUACACCAUAAAGUGGAGAAGCAGUCCUGUGCCAUCGGACGUGUGCCUGCAUUCCAAAGUGACGACGCAACUCAUAUCUCAAUAUGCAUGACAGACCAGCACAAAAUGGCCUCCCCCCCCCCUUCUCCAGUGGCCUUCUUGAACCAAAAAAUAACCAACCUUUCACCACCAGAAGAAGGCGGCGUUGGGAGCAAGAUACACUCACCAUUUGUAUUUUGUAUGGUUUUCUUUUGCAUGGUGCAUGGUGCUUAUCUGGAGUUUCUCACUCAAAACAGUUUCUUAACCUGCCUGGACAGAGGAGAGCAGACUGCUGGGGCUUCCCAUUUUGUAGUGGUAGAUCCUUUCCCAUCUGUGCUGUGAGGCGGCCACGUGCUCACCAGUAUUUAGCUUCUGCCCAUUAGUCUCUAUAACCGUUAUAGUGCUGGGCUGCUUUAAGUAUUGAGAAUUCACCUUGAGUGGCAUCAAAAACAUUCCUGUCUGGUUAUAAUUUGCUUGUGGCUGUGAUUAGUCAUCAGUACAUAUUUGAUAGCAGAGAAUUCCCUUGUGUAUUGCCUGACAUCUUUCCAAGUGAACCAUCUUGCUGUCAAUCCAAACUCUAGUGCAUCUUCUUUUUCUCCUCUUUGGUCUGUUCAUAAUAACAACUUUUGAUGUAACAAACUCUUUUGACUGUUUUUUAGACAGUGGGGAUAAAUAAUAAUAUUCUUUUUCCCAUGAGGUUUUUUUUGGUGAAUGACUUUUGACUGCACAAUCUCAUGUUACAAACCAAGUUGGGUUUUUUCUCUGAGAUGUGUAAUUCUUUUAUUGAGAUUUUUAUGAAUUUUGUUGUGUUUUGUUGGGAUAUUUUUUUCUAACGUUGCUUUAUUAAACGUUGAAAUAUUUAAGAAAUAUGUAAUAUUUGGACCAGAUGUUGUGAAUAAUAGUAGAUAAAUGCUAUUUUAUUCUGUAUUUUUAAAAGCUGUUCAGUAUAAAUAAAAGUUGACCUAGAUGCAACUUUGCAACUGG